GACUUGCUCCUUCCUUCAACUCACGCGCCCUCACCUCAGCGCCCGCGCUUUGAGGUCCUCCGCUUCUCCCAAGCUUUCCUCUUGCUUUACCUCAGGCCAGCUGGACUGGCGCCCACGUGGGGAGAGACUAGUGUAUCCCGCCCAAGCGCUCUGUGGGCGCCUCGCCUGCCCGGCCCUCUCUCCUCACGCUGGGAUUCCCCGCCCCACCCCGCCGCCGAUUCCCUUGCCCCGCCGGGCUCCUCCCUCUGUCCCGUGCGCCUGGCUACGUGUCCCGUCCCGAGCGUGAGCGUGUUUGUGUGUGACAGCCGGGAGGUUUUUGCUCCUCGCUUGGAAACCUCGCUAAUAUUUAACGGGGCGCCGCCGCCGCCGCCGCUGCUGCUGCUGACGGAGAACUUUCCGGGAGCAAAGUCUUGCGCGCUUGAGGCGAAACCCUGCACUUCUAGCGCUUCCUCAGCAGCUGCUGUUUCGCCCCUCGUCCAGCUCCCGCAAUGAAGGUGGGUAGAAAGCGAGCCGUGUGGCCCUGGCGGCAAGUUCGGCCGCUUCUCUGGCGCGCUGGGCGACGGGAACGCGCCUCGCCUCGGCCGCCUGACUAGGCUGUUCGUGGGCGAAGGCGGCUCGGGCGCGCCCGGAGUUUGGAGGCUGCCUCAGCCUCUCGCUCCAUUCCGGGCGCCUCGUGUAUCUACGCGCGCGCACUCACCCUCCCCCCUCCCUGGAGAGAGAUGCUGGCUGACAGACGUACGGUCCUCGUUUUUCUUCCUCGCCAAUGAAAGCGCAAGGUUUCCCGUGGUCGCUCCUGGGGCUGGGCUGCGGAUUCAAGAGCGGAGCUUCGCACCGUGGCGGAAGUUGCUUGCCUUCCCAUCUGGACUGAUGCGAUUUCAGUCGCGUAAAACACAAAUAACCCCAAAAGUCUGCAGAGAGGGACUGUGGUGUUUAUACUUCUGAAGUAAACACCAGGGGAAACUUUCUGAAAAUAACAGCUGUUGGGACAGAGGUUGGGUGGCCAUCUGUCAUGGAUGCUUUAGCUGAGAUUCCUGCCUUGCAAGGACUAGAGAUAUGUGAAGACCUGGGGGAGGGGGGAUGGAAGAGAAUUUUUUGAAUGGGGACAAGAUAUGCCCCCAAAACCCAAGUCAAAGAGCCUCCACUAGUUACAGUAGGGAUGCAGUUCGAAAGCACACCAGUGCAAGUAGAUAAAUAGGUACUGCUGUGGCGGGAGGGUAAACGGCGUUUUCGUGCGCUCUGGUUUCCAUCACGGUGUUCCAAUGCACCAGAAGCGGUAUAGUCAUGCUGGCCACAUUAAUAAGUAAUGGUAAAUGUGAGCUAAAAAGCAUUGCAUCAUAUUCAGUGUGGUGCUGAUGUGAAUCAGCACAAAGAUAUUUCCUUUAAAAAGACACAGCCCUUUAAGAAGGCCCCAUAAAUGGUAGGCCAGUUGUGGGUUGGAUUUGAUGCAUGGGCAUCAUUGUCUAUGAUUGCUAUAGAAAUAUAUGUGCUCUUUAUGCACAUUACAUACUUCUUAACUUCCUUCUUUGUUUCUUCCCAGACCGUAGUGAAGUAUCUGUUGGGAUUUCUUGGUGUUGCAGUUCUCAUUACGGCCAUUGCUGUUCCUGUAGCUUUACUGACAAACCAAAGUAAGUUUGCAGUGUUAAUUGUCUCUUGGUAGGUGAUAGGAAGUGAUUUGAUCCUCCAAGCGGCAUGGGAAACCAUAAGAGAGAUCAGAAUGUAUGUCAUUUGGCAUCAUAUGAAUGUAUAACUUGAAAGUUAAUAGCACUGCUCAUUAACAUCUGGAGAGCAUUCCUUCUGGCAGCCAACUAGGGCCAGAUCUGUGUGUUUAAAUGUAGAUGUGACUUUUUAAUGUAUAAAGAAAGGGGAUGCUUUUGAUGGCCUCACCUGCAGCUUCCUUCCCUAAAAUUCAUGGCCCUGGGCUCUUCUCAACCUAAAUCCGAUCUUGCGCUCAGUUAGGAGCACUUGGAAAGAGCAGCUAUGGUGGAGAGGGAGGGGAUAGGUUACAGGCAACUCCCCAUUUAUGCGGGGGUUGCUUCACGAGGCACAUGUGUAUCAGUGGAAGCCAUGUAAGCCCACUCCAUUCCACCACUCCCCUUACACCCUUGUUCCGUUCCACCCCUGCCCCAAACCCCCUUCCAGUGCCAAAAGCGGCAUGCACAUCAGUGGUUGUGUGUGUGCUGAGUGUGUGCAAAUGGGGAGCUGCCUGUGCAAUUUGCACCAUGGUUAUGAAUGAUGGAGGCAAGUGGCAUCCACUGGCAGAGGAAGAGGAGUACGGGGGGGGAGCGCACUGCCCCCAGAAGCGCGAUCCUGGUGGGGUGCCAUCAUGGCUGCCCCCGGGACGCAUGCCAGCCCCGCCCCCACCUGCUCUCCGCCCCUGGGUGACGGAACAUGAAGCUCCGCCACUGGUGGCAUCCUGUGAACUGAUUUAUUGUAGCCUAAACUUUCAUAUUCAUAUUUCAUAUUCAUUGCAAAAACUAGACUCUUCUGUAUGAUGCUGCAUGCUCUCUUUAUUUUGUGAUAGAUUCAGUGGGCCAUUCUUUUGGAAGCUACACAUUGAGAUUACAUUUUCAAAAAGUACAAAGUAAAAAACAACAACCUUCCUUACAAAUGAAAAUUUCAUUACUUUCUUGACAGUAAACUUGCUGGAAUGUAUGGCUUUGUACGUUUCUAGAAUUUGUGGAUCGAAGCAAGGCUGUAAAAAGGACAGAGACUAUAGUUGGAGAUAAAUAUUUUUUAUGUUAUAGAGAUCAAGCAGAAAACGAUGUAUGUGUAUGCUUAUAAAGAAUGUAUAAUUUUCUUUACCCUUUGUGCACAUCGUAAUAAAUAUAUUUUACAGUGCAGUGCUGAACAUGGAGAUGAAAGGCAGUUGCAAUUUGUAGCUGAUUUAAGGAAGUUUCUACUUUGUAGAUUCAGAGAGAACAUUUAUAUAGAUACAUAAUGUUUUACACACAGUAGCAUUUGAUGUUUUAAGAGCAAUUACUUGAUACAUCUUUUAAACAAUGUUUCCAUAUGAAAAAGUGAAGUGGAGUAAGACUAUUAUAUGCUAUGGUUUGCAUAGUGGUCUUGGUGUGCAGACUACUAAACUUGUUCACAUGGUUCCAGAUGCUGGCUUUAGGUGUUGGAAUUCUGCAAUUGCAGGAACAUGAACAUUUCUCCUGUAACCUUUGACAGUUUCCACAUUUUGGACAAUGUCUAUUUCAGUAAACUGGCUACAAAUUUAAUUACAUAUAAUUUAAACAAUUUUUUUUGGCAGCUAAAAAUUAUGACAGCUAAUGAGUUGCUAGGAAGUUAAUAGUGCUGUUAAUUAACUCCUGGAAAGCAUUCCUUCUGAAGGCCAAGCCGGUUGUGAUUGUGCUAGAUCCGGCUGCUCAAAACGAGCCCACUUGCACCCCAAUCCUGUAAGAAUGUGGGUGAGUGGUCCCCUUUCUGAUAGCAAAAGGUACCAAUAUAUGGCGGAAUGGGAGUCCAUCCUUUUUUGUAAGUCUGAAUACUCAGAUUUUUCCUUAACCAUUCAUUUGAACAAGCACUCAUUAAAAGACCGAUACACUGACAUAUAGUUGUGUUUUCAGCUGUGAGCAAGCCUCCAUUGAUGUGAAUAGGGAACCCUAGCUGCUUCACUUAGCUGCUUGCAGAUCUCUAGGCAACAAGCAUGGUGUGUUGCAGUUUGCUGAGACGCUUUAUAAUAUUCAGGGAUGUUAAAAACAAUUUUUAAAUGUAAAUUGCACAUAUUUUGAAAAACAACAACAAAUAAUAUCCACUGAAGAGCAAGCAGGAGACAAAACAAAAUAAGAAUCGGGGGGGGGGCGGGGAAUUAGUGGGCAAGCCAGACCAAUCCAGAUAACUUGGAACACAUUUCCUUUCCAACCCUUGAACAUUGGUCCAAUGUUCCUGAUUAAGUAAAGGUUAAAAAUGCAGUUGUAAUCUCAAACAAGCCUUAAGUAGGAUCAAAGUCCAGUCUAAUUAUAGAGUCCUGUGUUUGGUACAGCUUUUCAGUUUAAAUGUUUUACUCUGUUUUAUAAGAAAUUAAAGCACCAAGUACAAAUGUUGCAAAGGAAAAAAAACAUUGUCUUGCUAAAAGAAAUAAUCCUCUAGAAAUACAGAGAGACACUUCCUCUAGGAUAAAUUUCAGACUUUACAGAGGGAGCUGUAGUCAAUUGUGGCUUGAAGGCAAGUGCACUUAGAAGAAUAAGAUUUACUCUCCUGUAAGUAUGGAUAGGAUUGUAUCCUUAAUCAUGCAGAGUCGCAAUGGGCAACUUCCUUUGUGUGGAUGCAUACUUGGGGCUCACAGGGACCAUCAGUAAGUUAAUUUCUCAGGGCGCACAGUGACUGAUUCCAGUGGCUUUUCUGCUGUUUCUCUGUGUCUCUUGACUGCUAGUUGAGUUUGUUGCUGAUUGUUUAAUUUCUGCUGGAUCUUAUUAUGUUAAACUAUGAUAAGUUUAUCACAUCCUGCAGCUGUGGUCUGCAGAAGUUUCAGGGUGGAUAUACUGCAGUGCUGGAGAUGUGAAGGGCUUGUGGGGGUGGGGAAUGAAAUAAUUGUGUGUGUACUGGGGAAGUUUUCCAUCCCCCCCCCCCAGUUUGUCCCCCCCCCCCGGUCAUCACUGCUCUAAUAAGUGCAUUCCCAUAACUUUCUACUGAAAUCCUGUAAUGUUUUAAACCACAAAUAUUCCACUGUAGUGCAAGAGUGCUUCUCCAGUCAGUAGUAAUGCUGGGGAAGCAUCACAUGACAACUAAUAAAGCAGAAUUAUGUGUGGAUGCUCUAGUAUAAACCCACCACUAACACACUGUUAUCACAUCAGUAACAUGUUACAGGGGCCCUGCUACCAGUCUUCAUUGUGCAUUCAUUCCGUUUUGUUUGUGGGGAGGUUACACAACAAUGAGCAUUCAUCCUGAUUUGCUUACAGGUUUUGCUUAUACAUCCAGUAUAUUCCCGUUAUUCAUUCAUUCCACACUUCAUUGUGAAUGUACACAUCACUUUCUGAGAAGGAUUGUGUCUGUUUAUUUUUUAAAGUGGAAUCUGAAGGCAGCCCUGUAUAGGAAAGUUUUUAAAGGUUUAAUGUUUUAUUAUGUGUAGAUACGUGUGCGUGUGUGUGUGUGUGUGUGUGUGUUGGAAGCCCCCCAGAGUGGCUGGGGCAACCUAGUCAGAUGGGCAGGAUCUAAAUAAAAAAAAGGUGGUUGUUGUGCUCCUAGGGUGAUGGAGUGCUGUAAUCCACUUUAAUUGUGCAAACCUUAAUUUCCUGGUGUAUGCUUGGAUCUUUUCUUGAAAAUGCUGCCAAUCUGGAGAUGUGCUAGGCUUUGGGAAGAUUAAGAACAGUCUCAUGAAAUGUGCUUCCUAUCGAGGGAGGGUUAUGAUUUAGUGCAAGGGGAAGUAAGUUUAAGUUCAUGGCCACGGAGACAUGUAUGUGCAAGCCUCACACUAUGGUAAUUGGUAAUUAUACCUUAAUACUGUUUUGUAGAUUUACAGCACCAUAACUGCAUGUAAGAUUGCAUGAAUACCUGAAAAAGUGAAACAUACUGAAGGAAUAUUAAGACUGUAAUGUUUGGCCCACUUACCUGGUAGUUAGGCCCAUUGAAAUAACUUCAGAAUAGACGUGCAUAGGUUUUAACUAUAAAAGACUCCAAAUUGUAUACUGAUGAUGUCAGUAAUAUGCUGCCCAUCUGACCAGGUUACCCCAGCCGCUCUGGGUGGCUCCCAGCAAAAUAUUAAAAACACAAUAAAACAUCAAACAUUAACAAUUAUAUGUUCAGAUAUUGCUAUUUUGUUAACAAAUUGUUAUUUGUCCUUUAAUUGGUGUGCAGUUGCUGUUAGAAGACUUAGAUGGUGCAGAGAUACCUGGUGUUAUAUAAUAAUGUAACAUGUUAUUACGUUAAAUUGAGAUAACACGCUAUCUACCUCACUAUGGCAACCGUGACUUGUGAUGGCUAACCAGAAUUUCGGUUGCAUCCUUUCCUAGCUCAUUUACCUGAGAUUCCUUACCUGACAUUUGCAAAACCUGAACCUGGGAGCUUCUGUGUGCAUAUAUUAUGGAGCCUCACUGUGUGUGCCUCGCUCCCAUAUACGAAGUGCUGCUAUAUCAAGUCAGAAAAGUUUAGCUUUGCAGCUACCAACUCCAGCUGAUGGCACCUCCACAAGGCAGGGGCCUUAUGAUAAAGCUCCACAAGGCAGGGGCCUUAUGAUAAAGCUAUCAUAAAAGGAACCUGAAAUAUGUUUUGGGAGUCACACUUCUGUGUUCACAGACAGUAGAGAUAAUACAUUUCAGAUGCUACUUGCUAGCCAGUUCUUGGUGCUCUGCUCAGAUCAGCCUUCCUGUUUUCUGACUGUGCAGUGAAUUGUUGACACGGCAUUUAAAAAAAUGGAAGAAAGCUAUGAGUGCCAAAUAUGUACAUUAUGUAGAGUAGAACAUUUACAUCUUACAGUGCUUUAAUGCUGUGUUUUGAAUAUACAGUUUUGUGUGAGGCAUCUCCCACACCACUUCUCCUUAUUUUUGGUAUCAGUUCCUCACACAAAUGUUCUUAAUUUCCUGCAAAAUGGGUGGGGCGGAAGAAUGAAAAAUGAGAGGGAAAUAGUAAUCAGCUGAAUGCUAAUACAAAUUAGGCAAUCAAAGGCAUAGUACAGAGGCGCUCUGGUGCUCUCUUUCGCCCCUUAAACAUCAGAUUUUUGAGGUCAGUGUCCUGAACAGACUUGCUUAGGAAUAAGUUUGCUUGUCAGUGAAAUUUCUUAGCUAUCCUUUACCACGAGGUCCCAGGGUGGGUUACAAACAAUAAAACAGUUACAGCCACCAAACAAAGAAACUAUAACAACAGUUAAAAACUCUUCCAUAAUUAAGAAAACAGCUUAAAUACCGUAUUUUUCGCUCCAUAAGAUGCACCAGACCACAAGACACACCUAGUUUUUGGAGGAGGAAAACAAGAAAAAAAUAUUCUGAAUCUCAGAAGCCAGAACAGCAAGAGGGAUCGCUGCGCAGUGAAAGCAGCAAUCCCUCUUGCUGUUCUGGCUUCUGGGAUAGCUGUGCAGCCUGCAUUCGCUCCAUAAGAUGCACACACAUUUCCCCUUACUUUUUAGGAGGGAAAAAGUGAGUUUUAUAGAGCAAAAAAUACGGUAGUUCCAAUUCAGAUGCAGACUGGAAUAAGCUACAUUAAACUGAGUAGACAUUCGGAUAAUUGGGCAAUUAUCUUGCACCUUUAAUAGUUGAAUAAAAGAGGAAAUUUCAGUUUGCAGCUGCUGAAAUCUUCUCUUCUAUACAAAUGUUAAAGGUGCAAGAAGCCUGACCAUUUGCACAAGACUACUCUAUUUUCUUUACUUUACAGAUUUUAUUUACUUUACAGAUCAGUGUCACAGAUAAAAUCCAGGAAUCAAUAUCUCAGAUAAAAUUCAGAACUCAGGUAUGCAAUAUGUGCAUAAGCAGACUGGACUUCCCAUAGUUCAAACCAUGCUCAUGGUGGCAUACACACACGCGGAGAGAGAGAGCAAUAACUAUGUAUGUUUGUGGUAGCCUGCAAAAUAUCAGCACAGAAACUAAACAUAGUACCAGGCAACAAAACAAAGUGGCAUAGGCUUAACUGUAAAAAGACAAACAAACCUCAAUCUGGAUGAAAUGCCAACUUAAAUAUAAGAUGCUAAUUUUAUAUUUGCAUCCCAGUUGAGUAGGAAUAUCACUGCAGCUCAUGAUGUAUUGAUUAAAUUUAAGAUGCCUUGUAUUGUUUACCUGGUAUUAUAAGAUCAUUAAAAACUUAAAAGCUUGGUUGGCACUAGUUGUAGGCAGUGAAGAGCUGCUACCUGUUUAUUCAAGUUGGAAUUGGUGUUCUGAUUUUCCGGUAAGCACCUGUGGAACAUUCUUGUUUGGUUUUGGUAAGCAUGUGAGUUGCUGGUUCUCUUGAGGGUGCUAUCUACUAUCAGAGAAGCUCAAGUAGGGAUAGUGGUAGACUAAGAGAAUGUGCUUGCUGCUUCGAGAGCCAUGGAGGGUCCUGAUUGCUGGGUGAUCUGGUCACACAGUAUUGCCACAACAUAAGAUGAUGCUCUCUGUAUGGGAUGUAUGUUUUCCUUUUCUCAUGACCUACACAAGGAGAAAACUGAAUAUUUCUAGGCAACCCUUUUUCUUUUGCUAUAAUAAUAUCUGAUGUAGGAUGCUGCACUGCAAAGGUAGUUCUUUGUAAUUCUUUCUGCUACUCUACACCUGGGGCAAUAUUAUCUGCCCAAUACCUAGUGGUACUUGUGUGAUAGUAUGUGCUGUAUUAGAGACAAGGGGCAAAAAGCUGGUCAUUGCAACCUCCCACUUUUAGCAGUUUAACUCUGUAAGCACAGCAGCUCAUUUGUUUUACAGGUUGCAGAAUGCAAGAUCCUGAAUAAGAAUUGCCUGCUGUUUAACUCAUUGUACACUUUAAUUUAAAGUGCUGCUAGCGUGAUGCAUUUAUCUACUCCAGCUUUUUGUUUACCAUUUGUCAGGAAACUACUUCUAAAAUAUUGCUGGUUAUGAGAAGGAAUAAACACAUGCAGUAAAAUGUAGCUUUAGUACCGGUUGCAUUUAUCUUCUCUUUGCACCGUUCAUCCUUACUUAGCAUGUAAAUAUUGUGGUUAUUGUAACAUACUGCUUUAUGGCAGUAAUAUGUUUGAUAUAUUUCUUAUACCUAAUUGUUCACCCUUUUCAAAAAGACCUGAUAUAUUAAAAUAAAGUACAAUGCACUACAUACUAAAGCUCAAUCUGCUUUCUUUUUUCUUUUUUUGCAAGUUGUUUGUUAUGCAUUUGGACACCUCUUAAGAUAUUGCAACCAAAUUUUUCAGGAUGGUUCCUUAGAUCAGGGAGCAACUGCGGUCCCUCUUCUGCCCAGUACUUGGCUACAGCUAGAGGCUACUUUGAAUCAGUAUGGUGGACUGAACCUUUCAAAUCUGCAUUGACUUUAACCAAAUUAUGCAUGAUGGUUCUUGAGAUCAAAGAGCAGGUUUUUGCCUGUGUUUGGAAACAACUGGACACCAUUUGGAAUCAAAAUAGCAGACUGAACUUUUUCAAAACUGCACCAAUUUAUUUAUUUAUUUAUUUUUGGUUUCUUGGAAUUCCCAAGCAGCACUGAGUACAAGACUCUAGCCAUCUAUAAUUAGCAGAGAGUGCCCAGCUCUGCUUGGGAAUUAGUAGGAGAAAAAAGUAACUUGAAUAAUUUUUGAGUUUGGACCUAACAUAGCAGACUGAAGCUUUCAAAACAGAUUUCUUGGUUUCUUAGAGUUCUUAAGCAACACCAUAUAUGAUGUUGCUUGUUUUGAAAUAUCUCAUUACUGGCAUUACUCAUUUGCUCAUAUUAAGUAUAAAGUUUAAUGGGAGCAGAAUUUAUAUGAAAAAUGGGUAUAAACAGAUUUGCAUGUUUUUCUGCUGCGCUAUAUUUUUGUUCUUAUCUUAGUCCAAAGUAGUUAUAACCUUUAGUACUUCAAAACAGUGCUGUGCCACUCAUCACAUUUUUGCCUUUCUAUCUAGAAAUGUUAGGUGAUUUUACUAUUCUUGGAAUAAUUAAUGAAGGAGAGGGAAGUUGAACCUAUAGAUUUUUCUUUGACUUUUUCAAUAAGGCUUCUUUUUUGGUGGGGUUCAAUCAUGAGAGACCAUAGUGAUGGUACAAACCCCAAAUCUCAUAUUGUCGUUGCAAGCAUGAUUGUAAUCAAGGCAUUUUAUUUGCAAAUGGUAUAUUCUGGGUUGGGCUACAAACAGAUUCGCUUUUGAUGAUGACACCCAACACAAGCAAUCUUGCCUUUUUCCUUUUAUUGACAGGUUCUCCUGACACCCGCAGGACAUUUACUCUACAAGAUUAUUUAAGUGGUGAUUUUCAAUACAAAUCUUUCAACUUACAAUGGAUUUCAGGUAAUGGGCAUGUAUUUCUUGUCUGCAUUAGGGCUACUAAUGAUACGUGAUACAAAGAAAAAAAAGUUGUUUGCAAAAUAUGUGCAAACACAGAGAAGGGGUACUGGGGCAUCUUUUUAAUUUCUGAAUACAUUAACUAUGUAUUCAGAUACAAUGUUAUUAUUGAUGAUAAUAAUACUUUUCAUGUUUAUACUGCCUUUACUCCAACAGGAGCCUAGCGUAGAGGACAUCACAAAAAUACUAACCGUGAGAUUAAAUAAUUAAAAACAUCUAAAAAUAUAUAGCAUCUAAAAUAGAAUUAAAACCAAUGCUAGCUGAUGACAUUCCAAUAAACAUUCAUGUAUUAAAUGCUUGGGCAAACAGGUAGUGUCUUUAAGUUAAGUUGAAGCAGCAUCAGCCUGGGGGAACAAACACACUUCCCCAGGAAACAGGAAGUAGGCAUGGAGAAUUUGGUGCCCCAUGAGUACUACUCAUCACUGAGUCUUACUGAAUGGCUUCCUAUGUUUUCCCUUAGGAACACAGUAUCUCCAUACGGCAGAAAACAACCUUUUACUCUUCAAUGCUGAUGAUGGAACAGAAUCUGAAAUAUUGUCAAAUGCCACCUUAGUAAGUUUUUAUGAAUACCACAUACUUCUCCCAUCAAAACAGCUACAGUCUGAGCAUUUUUCUUUUAUGUAUUCAUAUAUGUUUCUUUCUAUUAAUGCCUUUUUCUUUCGUCAACAGACCCAAUACAAUAGUUCAGAGAUCAUAUUGUCCCCUGACCGAAAAUUUGCUCUUUUGCGAUACAGUUAUGAGAAGGUACCAGUGACAACCUACUUUCUCUUUUGUUUCAUCUCUUUCAUAUUACUAGAAAAAUUCUAGGUUUUGUACAAUAUUGAUUCACUUGGGCCUUUUGGUAUAUCAGGACUGGGGAAAUGUUUUUAACACCAACAUGCUAUGGCCAGUUACUUUGCAUUGCACACAUCCUGCAGUGUAGUCCAGCAUUUUUGGGAAAAUGCAGAUGGGAGGGAUGUUUAUUGUAGUAGCAACAAGAGGGUGACUAAUUGCUUUCUUGUUCAUUGGGAAAAUAGGGAGAUUCUUUGGGGUGGGUAUAUUUACUUCAAAAAUACAAAUCAAUUUUGCUAAAAAGGGUGGGGGAUAGUUGCUGAUAAUACAGCUGCAGCUAUAAAGAGGUAUAAAUAAUCGUUAAGCACGGGCAACUAAACCUUAGUUGCUAAAAAGCUUAUUGUCUCUUUUGACCCACACCUCUAGACAUCUACCUGUAUGCUUGAUUUUGCACUGAAUGUCGCACUGCCAUUUUAAGAUUAACAUAUUACCAGCAAUAACACAAAGGUCCCAUGCCUAUCUCUCCAGCUCCAUGAUAGGCAGGGGGUAGGGACUCAUUCCUGUCAAGCUCAUCUUCAUAGUCUAGUAGCGUAAGGGGGUGGGGAACUACCAGCACAAGUCUUUAAAUUGUACAGUCGUACCUUGGAAGUCGAACGGAAUCCAUUCUGGAAGUCCGUUCAACUUCCAAAGCAUUUGACUUCCAAAGCGCAGCUUCUGAUUGGUUGCAGGAAGCUCCUGUAGCCAAUCAGAAGCUGCAGAAGCCCCGUUGGACAUUCGGCUUUGGAAGAACAUUCAAAAACCAGAACAGUCACUUCCAGGUUUCAGUCGUUCGGGAACCAAAAUGUUCAAGAACUAGGCUAUUUGAAAACCAAGGUACGACUGUACUCACAGAAGCAGUGACCAAAAAUGUAAAGCUGCAGGAUAUAUGAAUAGGCAGAUUAGGCAGUGGGGGAAUAACCUAACACAAUGUAAAAGUAGACAGUACGGAGCACUAAAUAUUGCAAUUCUCUGGUAUACAAAAAUAGUUACAAGACCAUUCUCAUCGAAUAAUUUGCUGUGGAGUAAACUAAAGGGACGCAGGUGGCACUGUGGGUUAAACCACAGAGCCUAGGGCAUGCCGAUCAGAAGGUCGGCGGUUUGAAUCCCCACGACGGGGUGAGCUCCCGUUGCUUGGUCCCUGCUCCUACCAACCUAGCAGUUCGAAAGUGCAAGUAGAUAAAUAGGUACCGCACCGGCGGGAAGGUAAAUGGUGUUUCCGUGCACUGCUCUGGUUUGCCAGAAGCGGCUUAGUCAUGCUGGCCACAUGACCCAGAAGCUGUACACCGGCUCCCUCAGCCAAUAAAACGAAAUGAGCGCUGCAACCCCAGAGUCGUCCGCGACUGGACCUAAUGGUCAGGGGUCCCUUUACCUUUAAACUAAUGGGAAACAAUAUGACUGCUGCAGAUAACGGGGCUGUGAUGCAAUCAUGUCAUAUAAUACAGGUAGAUUUUAUUAGUUAAAGUAAAAAAAAUCACAUUGGUUUAAAUGGGAGAUUUCCCGCAUGAGAAACUGCAAAUGUGCUUUGAUGUCAAGUUUUCUAUUUAGUGCUCUGGGAAGAUCCACACCACACAUUUAAAGCACAUCCAAUGCCUGCUUAAAACAUCUGACUUCUCCGAAUGAAUCCUGGGAACCCCCCCCCCCCCCCGCUUUUAAGCUACAGCUUCCAGUAACCUUAAGAAACUAUAGUUCCUGAGAUUCAUUGGGGAAGUCACGUUUUUUAAAGGGAUGGUGCAGAUCAGUCUUAGAACCUCUCUCGGUUUUGUGUGGGUUGGCCAUGCCCAAGCACAUAGUCCCAUGGCUGUGAAGCCAUUGGUGCUAGAGUGCUCUGACCACCCUAUGAAAGCUUUGGGUUGUGUGGGCAAAUACACUUCCAACCCUUAGAUGAGAAACCUGUUCCAGCUUGAGAGCCACAUUCCGGUGGUGCGAAGGGCCAGAGGCAUAAGCAAGCAGAGAAAUGAAUGUAAAAUGUUGUAUUUGUGCAGUAGGCUAGCUUCAACACACACUCAUGCAUCCCUCCACCCUCCAGCCAGACAAGCAAGAUACAUGGUCAGAGUUCAAGAGCUCAUCAAAGACAGGCAGACCACAGCACAAAGGGUGCAAAGCAGGGCUGGUGAUAGGGUGUUGCCCUGGGGCAAGGCCUGGUCAGUGUUAUGAGGGCCAGAUAACGAUCCCUGGAGGUCUGCAUGCAGCCCCUGCCAGAGACUUUGGUUUUAAGAUUAUUAAAUAAAAUGUAGAUAAGAAGAACAUGAUUAGGAAAAGUAUUUUGAACGCCAUCUUGGUGUGCCUUCCAGCUUGUCUUGGUGUUUUCCUUAUGUGCAAACAUUUCUCUUGCAGGUGUGGAGGCACUCAUACAAUGCGUCAUACUACAUCUAUGAUGUGUCUGCUGGGUCAGUACUACUACUACAACAACUGUGUUAUCAAAGUGCUAUUGUUACCCUACAAAGGGGUUUUUAGUUCAUGCCAGGCUAGCCAGACUAUAAGAGUAUUAGUAGUAUUAUUAGUAUUAUGGUUGCUUUUUCCCUUUUUCUUUUACCCUUUGUGUUUUUCUUUUCUUGUAGUACUUUAGUACAGGUCAACCCAAUUCCCGAGGACAUCCAGUACGUAUCCUGGGCACCUGUUGGUCACAAACUGGUUAGUGAAACACUUGUAGCCAAACCCAUACCAUAAAAGUUAAGUGGCAAAAUUCCCAUUGAUUUUAUUUAAAGGCUCAGGAUUGCACCCAAGGGCCUUUGCAUAUUGGCAGUAAGGUUUUAAAUAUUUCAGGUCCACAUGUUUCUUUAAAAAUUAAUUAAUUAAAAAGGGUGCACAUAUCUAUAUUCUGUACAUUAGUUACUUUUCUGAGAAUGUUGUACGUUCUCUGCUGGAUCUUGUCCUUGACAGCAGAUUGUACAGAUUAAGGGCAUUUUCGUGAUUUUUACUUCCUUUUCCAUUUCAGGUUUUGAAGAAUUAAGGUUUUUGGGGGGAGGGGAAAGAAAAGGACAGGGUGGGAGGGGGAGGUUAAGCCAGGGGAGAAGGAAAUGACAUGGUCAUUGGUCAGUAACCAUUGCAGGCCACACUAGCUUCAUUCAGAUAUGCCUAAAUUAUACCGAAGUCAACAAUGUUCAUAAGUGUGAUAGUAGUUUUCGUAUUGUCACCAUGUAGCCUAGACUAUCAAUUAGUUAAGCAGAUGGCAGAUUUGCAUUUGAGCUGCAUUCAGUUCCCUUGAAUCAUAACAGCUUAAGAGGAGCCUGCUGGAUCAGGCCAAAGGCCCGUUUUGUCCAGUAUCCUGUUCUCAUAGUGGCCAACCAGGUGUGCCUUUGAAAAGCCCCAAAGCAGGACAAUAACACUCUCCCCAGUUGUGAGUCCCAGCAACUGGAAUUUGUAAGCAUACAGUCUCUGACAUUGUCCAGUAGCCACUGGCAUCCUUAUCCUCCGUGAAAUUAUCUAAUCUUUAUGAAAAUGAUUCAGGCACCUCCUUCUCUGAAAAUGGAACUAAUGGUGCUCAUUAAACUGUUGAGCGGGGGAGAGUGUGGUUUGACCCUAAAUGGCAGCUUAUAAAUAUUUUUAAUAAAUCAUUAGGUGGUGGGUGGAAAAAAACCAAUCAGUGUGUCUACAAAUGUGUCAAAUGAAAGGGAAAAGAAGUCAUUCGGUUGAUAUAAAGUGAAGAGCUAUGCAGCUAGCGUGGUGAUUUUUAAAAAAUGUUUUUGUUUAAUGGCAGGCUUAUGUUUGGCGUAACAACAUUUAUGUGAAAACAGCACCAGAUGCCCUCGCUGUGCAGAUCACUAAAAAUGGAGAAGAAAACAAAAUUUUUAAUGGAAUACCAGACUGGGUUUAUGAAGGUAAUUGCCAUAUUACAACCUAAAUGCAGAAUUUAUAAGAGGCAGUGACUGUAUUCAGAUGCAACCAUGGUUGUCUAUAAUGAGAAUAAGCUGCUGUGACCCUCAACCUCGUGUUCUCCCCACUCAUCCUCACACAAGUGGAGGAGAUCAGAAGCUUUAAAAAAAAUUGUGGCAACGUAUAGCAUGCAGUAAAAUAAUCCCAGUCAUGCUUUGGGGUCCUGGUUUGAUUGCAAACUAUAGUUUGCUACAUUUCAGCGAAAGAGCAAACUAUGGUUUGCCUGAGAUUAGAAAUGGAAACUUCUAAUCUGCUUGCACAUGUCUGUACUGCUUAUCAGGAGGGGAAUGGGGUGAUUCAGCAGUGAGAUCAGGACUGCACAGGUGCACCAAGAGAGCCCAAUCACACAGCUGUGAAUUUGCUACCCACUUCACCUUGCCCCCACUUCUCCAAAUAAGUGGCAGUUCUGCUGCUGCUGCUGCUGCAAAAAGACUACUGCUGUGCUGCUGAGCAGGAAGGGAGAGAAGGAAGGACACUGUUGUGAUCCUCCACACCAUUGUUCAAAGUGUUAUUUGAAAUGAAUCUUGCAUGAUCUACUGACAUCCAGUGGUUCCGAUGCAUUCACCACAUUUCAUGUACAUGGGGAUUCCUCACUCACUACUGCCAGUAGUGAUUUGGCACUCAUGAUUAGUCCCUUCAAGAAGCAUCUUUAAUUUACUAGCCCUUGUGAUGCACCUUAUGUUUGUAUUUCACACACACGGGCAGGGGGGGGAUAAGAUAAAACAGUGCAAGCAUUAUCUUUGUUCCUAUCCAUCCUUUGGAGGUAGAAAAUACUCAGUGAAAAUCUGUUGUGCCCCCCACUUUUUUGGUGUUGGCAAAUUCUGUUCCAAACGAAUGUUGAGUUUAAUUGCAAAUUACAUUUCUAAACAUUUUGGGCAAUCUUUACUCAGGCCUAAACUACAGAUGUGGCUCUGUUUUUAAAUACCUGUUAAUUCUGUUCCAUGAUGCCUUUUUUGUUUUGCUGGCUUCUGAGAUAAAUAUGACUGAGAAAGAAAAGUGUUGGUGGUAGAGGGGCUGCGGAGAAGUCACAGGUGGAAAAGAGAUUUGAACACCAUUUCUCCUGCACAUCCCUUUAACUUUUUUAAUAGAGCCAUAUAUGUGAUCCCAUCUAAUCCCAGGGGUCUUGCAUUUUUACUAUGCUGUUCAUCUGAAAAGACUCCCAAGGCAAAUUGCACGUGAUCAGUGCACAAAAAAUGGUCCCCUUUUUCAGGAUUACAGUCUAAAAGACAUAAAAGGGAAGAAGAAAAAAGCAAAUUCAGGCACUACUUCUUAAAGGUUAAAUAUAUUGAUAAUGUCUGGUAUUUCCUUUACCUUUUAAAAAUGUUUGGCUUGUAACUGGCACUAGAACUGUCUUCUUCUCAUUUGACUGUGCCUUAUUAGGAAGGAUGCAUGUGGAAAUGUUACAGACUAGGAAAGAAACAAUUGUCUUUGGUAAACUGUUUGGAUUUUCAGUGUCAGAAUAAAUGAUGAUUUUGAGUGCUAGCAUUUACGUUAAUUAUUGAAGCCAGAUUUUUAUAACACAUUUAUUUCUAUAAAAAGGCAUUUCUGAGGCUUUGGUUAUUGUGUUGGUCGCAAGACAGGGCAAGGCAUCUGAAUGCUAGCAGCUACAGUUCCAUCUGAAAUUAUAUACAAAUUAAUAAGAACAAUGUUUCAGAGGCAGAAGCCAACUCAGCUACUAUUGCUUCAAAAGAACACAUUUGCAUCUCUUUCAGAGGAAAUGUUUGGCACCCAUUCUGCUCUGUGGUGGUCUCCAAAUGGCAGCUUUUUAGCAUAUGCAGAGAUUAACGAUACUGGAGUUCCUGUUAUUGAGUAUUCAUUUUAUUCAGAAGAUACACUGCAAUAUCCAAAGACCAUUAAAAUCCCGUAUCCUAAGGUCUGUGUUAUUUAUUAAACAUAGUUGUUGAGCAUUUUGAUUAAGAGAAUACUCACAUUUAAUCAGUUGCUGCUAACGAAAAUAUUGUCUGUCUCUCCUCAACAGCUUGCUGUGAUUACUGCGACUUAAGUCAAUAGCAUCUGGCAGCAUUGAAGUAUUUUAUUAUCACUAGGGAAACAGGAAAUAAGUGCAAUUUAAGACUUUGGAAUUUAAGUUUCUGAAAUGGCUUGUCUUGGGGUGGAGUAGGAAUGUGAUAAGAGCAGAUCUUCAUUGGCUGUUAGGUCUGUUACCUUCGGAAAAUGCAUUUGAAUGGUCUUUAGAAAAGAGGGAGAGAGCUUCCUUUCUCCUCCUCAGGAUUCUGGGGCACUCAUCUUUUGCAUUUAAAAUAAUUGGGGAUAUUGGAGAUCUCUGUAUUAACAUGAAACUGGGCUUAGAUCAUCAUAUUGUCCUAUUUACUACUCGGGAUUGCAUUCCUGAAUGUGUUUGGCAAUAAGUAGCUGGAGGCUCUUUUCUUUUCCAGUAAAAUUGACUGUUAUAGGGCAUAAGCUACAUGUUAGUUUGAAUUGCAUGUGUGGUUCCAAUGAUAAUAGCAUCCCCACAAGCCCCACAGAGCUGUUAUUUCUCUCAAGAGAAAAAACUCAGAAUAAAUAAAUGAAUAAAUAAAAAUGUCUGGGGUAAUAUUUCCAUGCCUCUUUUUUUGGAAUGGAACAAAGCUUUAAUGUUUUCUAAGAUCAGAAGGAGAUAAGAGAGACACAUUCACCUGUAGUAAUCUCAGAAUUCUGUAAAUCCGUAAGUUACCUGGCAUAUUUCUGAAUACCAUGCUAUUCUGAAUUCUAACAUUUAAAUGUUCAGCUGAAGAAUAAUUAUUUUUAAGCUUACUGUGCUUUAAUAAACAAGCAUUGCUGUUAUGUACAGAUGUCAUCAUGAUAUAAAAUGUAUUAAUUCUUUCAGGCAGGUGCGAAGAAUCCAACCAUAAGGCUAUUUGUUGUGAAUACCCAGUCUCUUCCACAGAUCAGUUCUGAUGAAAUUGUUGCGCCGAGUAGCAUAUCAUCUGGGUGAGUCCAAAUUAUGUAACAAGCCUUGUGUUUGAAACUGCUAUAACAGUUUCCUUUUGUUGAGCAACAAUAUAUAAUAAAGCAGAACAGAGCACUGAUUAAAGACAGCAACGUAAAUAUAGUAAAAACUAUUUCUGGCAGAAGUUUGAUAUGUAAAAGUUGUCUUUUCAACAUUUUUAUAGUUCCAUGUUAUUUGUUAAUAUUAUAGCAAGCUAUUAUUCUGUCGCAAGAGGUUUCCUAUAAAUAGUGAUUUGCUAUUGCUAUAAGUGGAAUUUCAGCUUAUCUAUUUCAACAAGCUGGAGUAAAUCUGCACACAAUUUUUUAAUGGCUCUGUUUCGUGAAACACUUAAGCUGGCAUAUAAAUGUGCAAGAAGGAAAGUAUAACCCUUUUUAGCAUCCUCUUUUGAAUUGUGAGAAUGUCAACAAUCCUUGUUCAAUGUUUUUAAACAUUCAGCCUAAGACUAGGAGAUACUGUUUUAAGAGUUGCAGCCCAAUGUCAAGGGUCCAUUGGCAAUUAGAACUUCAUUGCUGCUUCAUCAGGAGGGGCGGGGAAGCAGGGAUAACAUAGUCAAAGCAUUAGCAGAAAUCCAGAUGAAAUGUAGCCAGUAUUGCAAUUGUGAUAGUGCUUUAAUGCUCAGAUAAAUACAAAUGGUAGCUAUGAGUUUUUAGAAUUCAAGCUUGUGUACGUAUAUCAAUAGAUGCCUAGCACCAUUUUAUCCUUUCUAGGGACCACUACCUGAGUGUUGUAACAUGGGUGACCAAUGAGAGACUCUGUCUGCAGUGGCUCAAAAGAAUUCAAAAUUUUUCAGUUCUUGGAAUCUGUGACUACACAAGUGGAGCAUGGCAAUGUCCACAGGUAUGAAAGGGUAGGUUGGGUGUCAACUUUCCGAAAGAAGCCAUUGGGAAAAGAAAAUCCUGUAACUAUUUACAUUAGAGUAACGGAGGGGCAAGAAGGGUAUUGCUUGAUAGGCACCUGUUAUAAUGGCGGAUAUCUCCUUUCUCUUCCCCUUUCAGGACAAACAGCGUAACUUCGAGAGUAAAACUGGCUGGGUUGGCAGAGUAAGUACUAUAUUUCUGGGAGCCAAACUACAUGCUACACUGCAGCCAUGUGCAACGAUAUCUCCAUGGGUCCUUUUCCAUUGCAAAGCAUAGUUAAGAAGGUGCUUUUUGCAAUGAGGCAAAGGGAAAAGGGAAACUUUCCCCAGCUUUUUUGUCCCCUGGUGGAGUCUCAAGGCCCAUAUUUGUACCUUAAACAUGGGUCCAUAACACUAGUGGAGCUAAUAGCAAAUGAGAACAUAGAUGUUCCAGAUGGAAGGACAACUUUGUCUGCUGCUGCUUCAUGACAUGCAGUUUAAUUUUCAAUUACACAUUACAUCUAAAAGAAGACUGGUCCAUUCCACCUCCGCCCCCCAGGUGGAACACUAAAUAUUCUUUCCAAGUUUCUUCAAGAUUUUCAUUUUUUAAAAAUCCUUCUUAAAGGUUUAUGAUUUGCAUUGGUCUACAAGGACUUGAGGGACGCGGGUGGCGCUGUGGGUUAAACCACAGAGCCUAGGACUUGCUGAUCAGAAGGUCGGAGGUUCGAAUUCCCUGUGAUGGGGUAAGCUCCCGUUGCUCGGUCCCUGCUAACUUAGCAGUUUGAAAGCACGUCAAAGUGCAAGUAGAUAAAUAGGUACUGCUCUGGCAGGAAGGUAAACGGUGUUUCUGUGCGCUGCUCUGGUUCGCCAGAAGCAGCUUAGUCCUGCUGGCCACAUGACCCAGAAGCUGUAUGCCGGUUCCCUCGACCAAUAAAGUGAGAUGAGCGCUGCAACCCCAGAGUUGGUCACGACUGGACCUAAUGGUCAGUGGUCCCUUUACCUUUACAAGGACUGGAAGGUGUAGCUUAGAAGUAGGAAACGGGUGGUCCUCCAGAUGCUGCUGGACUCCCAACCCUACAGAUAUCUCCUCAAAUGUAUUUCCAGUAGAUUUAAUGAGACUUACUCCCAGAUAAGUAUAAAUGGGAUUGCAUCACUUUUUCUAACAGUGGAAAACAGAAUAAUAACCCUUCAGGUGCGCAGUUAGACAAGACCAUUGGAAGACACCCAUUCCACAUAAUUGAGACAACAACACUUUAAAUGAUAUUGCCACUAUUAUUCUAUCGUGAGGCCACAUUUAUGGCCUUAUGUGCCCAACUUCUCUUUUUUGGGGGGGUGGGGUGGGGAGGGAAUUGAGGCUGAUAAGAGUACAAAAUGCAUGUGAUAUUUCAAGCUUUCCCAUGCAUAUUUACAAUUUUUAAAUUCCUCUCGUCCCCUCCCCCCUGGCAAAAAAAAGAGCUUUCAAGAAACAAAGUGAGGAAGGAAACAGCAGGGAUAAAAAAAAAAUCUACCCUACAAAGAUGGGAGAUAAUCCCACCUGCUGUCAAACUUGAUCAGGGAGACCUUACAGCUAACACAUUUUGCUUCUACAUCGUAAAGUAUCAGUAAGUAAAGUGAUGAGCAGACUGCAUAUGUGGCGAACAGUUAUGCAAAAGGAAGGUGGAAAAAAACGAGCGUGAGUGCAAUAUAAACUAGAAAGGAGGGAGGAUAAUUGAUCCCCCCCCCCCAUUGUUGGAUAAUGUCCUUCUGCACUCCAACUGACAGAAUUUCAUCAGCAUAGCACAGCUACAUUUCACUAUGAUAUUUCAAAGGUUGCUUUCAUGUCACAGGGGUGGGCAACUGUUUCUAGCUGGCAGAGCCGUCAACCCUUGCAAGACAUUUCAAAAUCAAUGCACACUGGUAAAGGCAGAGCACUCAGCAGGCACCAGCUGACCAGUGGCACGUGCAAAGUUGCAACAGGGCUUUGCAGGUGCAGCCUAUUGGCUAAUUAGCAAGCCUUGCUUUCAUUCAUUCAUUUAAAAAACCUUCAGUUAUACAGAUUCUCCACCAAUGGCUUUGCAUAAUACCUUUGAAUGUACAGCUAUGGAUAACAACAAGAUUUAUUACAGGAAUGUUGUGGAGGCUGCUUAGAAAUAAUGGGAAACCAUGUCGCUCCGGAUCCCCGAAACCGGGUUUCCCCGCGAGUAGGGGAGGCGCAAAAGGUGCCUGCCGAAUCCCACGUCCACAGGCUUCUCCCGCCUGUGGUUUUUGAUGGGUCUCCACCUCGCCGUGGCGGUCCAGACCCUAAUUUCCACGAAGCGGAUUCCUCCCGAUCAGAGGAAAUCCGCCAUUGCCGGAGGCGCGGUGCUUCGAAUCGACUGCUCUUUUCACGGAGUAAAGCCGCAUUGCUGUUGCCGGAGAGCGCUGACUUUUUCCUGUGGACAAUUGGACUUUAAACAACUACCCGUGAGUAGAACGCAAAAUUGGACUAUGAAAUAUCUUAAUUUGGCACUGAAGCGGGAAGGCUCUAAACAGGAAGUCCGCCUUCCGCUUUUGUAAAUAGAUUGAAGCAAAGACAUUGCAAGCUAAAGUCUGGAAAGACUUUUGUAAAGAACUAAAUUUCCAUCGGCUGAAUCUACUAAACCCCCCUUGGAAGCAGGAGAAGAGGGGGGAAAUCUUAGAUUGUUCAAGCCUGCAGGAGAGAGAGUAAAGAAAGAUAAAUUUCCACCGCCUUGAACCUGGGAACGGGUUGCUAGGAAGACAGACGUUUUGGGAAAGUCCAUUGACUGUGAAUAAAACGUUUGCUGAUAGAUAGUUAAAAAAGAGAAACAUAUUGAUUCCAAUGUUUCCUUUUGCAUUUAAAAGGAACAAAAUAUUUGAAAAACGAAAGUAAUUUUGUUGCUGGAUCUGCUUUUAAAAGGACGGAUACAAACAGAAAUUGUUUCCCCUAGAGGGAGCUCUGAAAACUGUUGUUGGAGUCGAUCUGGGGAAUUCUCCAGCUGUAGAGAUUAAAGAUUGUGAGAACCAGACAUUGAUCUUGAACAAGAAUGUGCCCAGAAGAAGCCUUAGUGAUUGCUUUUUGCAAGACAAGCGCUUUAUUGGAACAGCUACAUGAGAAGAUGGAUUUGAUGACUGUUCCAGUUAAUAAUUUUGGACAAACAGUGAAUACCUAUAUAGAAACCACUCAGGAACCGACCCAGGAAUCUGCUUUGACAGGGCAAGUUGUGCAGAAGACAAAGGAGGAGGUUGCUGUUGAACCUCAAGAAAUACAUGUGGAGAGAGCCGAGGCUUUGCAGGAACAUAAGCUGUUGUUUUUGAUGACCGAACCUGGAGAAAGUCAGAUUUGGAGAGAUGGAGUCUCAUUUGGAUUGGAGAUGGGAAAUUGGAUAGAUCCCCCUAUGCAGGGCUGUUCUGGCUUCUGGGAUCUGGUUUUGCGCCAGGGGGAGUCUGGAGUUGUGGGGGCCUUUAACUUUGGAGGGACUUUGAAACAUGCCUUGAAAUAUCUUUUGGAUUUUAGUGCUGACUAUGGAGAAUGGGCCGACCUGUCGAGAAGGGAUAAAGACAUUGUUAGGUUGGAGUCUCCCCAAGAUCUACUCCUCAGCUAUGAAACUAUUUGGCUUUAGUAGAAAUGCUAUAAGGAGUUAUGUACAAAUAAGUUUUAAGCUUUAGGGCUUUUUAUGGCAAGAUAAGGUUAAAAUAAAUUAAGAUAAAUUAUAGAACAAAAAUUGAGAAAGAUGGAAAGGAUUUGCUGAAAUAGCUAAUUGAACAAGAAUACAAAAAAGGGAGGUGUGAGGAGGUCGAUGAUACAAGUAAAUGAAAGGUAGAGAUAUAGAGAUAUUGGAUGUGUUUUUAAAAUGUUUUUGCUUUUCUUGUUGUUUUGUUGUAUUUUUUUUGUUUUUUCCUCUUUAUUUUUGAUGUAUUGUGAACUUUUUACUGUUUCUUUCUUUUUUCUGUAACUAUUAAACUUUUAAUAAAUAUGUUUUUUAAAAAAUAGAAAUAAUGGGAAACCUUGGACAGCUACGCCAAUGAAUAUUUUCCUUAGAGCAAAUAAGGGGAACUUCCAGAUGUUGCUGGACUUGAUCGGCUCCAGCCGGUAAAGUCAAUAAUUGGGGAUGGUGGAAGCUGUCGUAUGACAGCAUCUGAUUGGCUGCAGGUUCUGCAUCCCUGCUUUAGAGCAAUGGAUCCAGGUUGCCAGACAUGUUAUUGAAUGCCACUUGCUGCUGUAUGGAUCUGCUUUUGGAGCCUAGAAAUGCAGCUGCCAACAUUCUUUGGAAUGUACAUAACUUGCUUCUUAGGAGGACUAUACCAAAUGGUGGCACUGCAUUCUGUUUGUUCAAGUCAAGGCACUUUAUUUUCACUGAUCCCACCUACCUUGUGGACUUCUCUUUACCAUAUCCUGCUCUGGAGCAUCAGCAUGUUCCUCAGCAGCAAUUUUUCAGAGGGGAGGUGAGAAAAUGCUGGCUUAAGCAGCUUACUAGCAGAGAUCAGUAAAAACUUGGUUCCCUGACUUGCAAGAAUUAAAGUUAUUCCUACUGAGGUAAAGGCACACUGGAUGCAACCUGGAGUGAUUUUGGAUAAUAAAAUACGUUAGCAAAGGGAAAGUUGUGUUUGCAUUGAUUUAUGAAUAGGGUCUUUUUGCUUUCAUAUUGAAAACAGGAUGUUUUGCCAUAGGAAAGAUCUAGUCGUUUUAUUGAACUAGCAAUGAAACUUGCUGAUGUUACUACUUUUAAUAUUUCAUCCAUUUGCAUUCCUUUUUGUCACAGCACAUUAUAGACUAAUAUUUUGUCAAUUUUAGCAGCGUGUGUGGACACAAAUAUUAGGUGCCAAUUGUGUAAUACAGUUAAAUAAGCUCUCUGGUAGAUGGGAGUGCACUGAAGUAAUUCCUCUAUUGAUCACUUGUUUACCAUAACUAAAGCAAUUAUCUCUAGUAGUUUUUGAUAAAUGAUUCCUUAUUAAAUAAUUUGUGCACACAUGAACAAUGCUAUAGCCAGCAGACACUUUGGGAGCAUUAAAAUAAAUAGAAGUCAUAAACAGAAGUAUAAUUUGCCUGUUCAACUCAAUGCAAGACAGUAAUAUUUAUUUGCAAUUACUCCCCUGCCAGGACAGCCUCCUUCAUCUCGAACACAGCAUUUCAAUAAGAUGAUAAAUCUAAUUGCAUAGGGCUCAUUAUGAAAUAUCUAGGGAUAAUAUUGCUACCAGAAUAGGUCUUGUUUGAGAGGGUGAAGCCAGAUUAUAAAUCAUAACUCACUUAAAAUUUUAGCCAUGAUAUAUAAAGCCGUUUUUGUUCUGUUGACUCUUUAAGACACUAGCUAUAUUACCCCCCUUGAAGAAUAAAAACAGAUUCUUCCAUCAUGAACUGCAAAAAUGUUGCGGUGUUUGCAUUUUCCAGAAAUCCUUGAUCACUAGUCAAUGAAUAAUAAUAAUAAUAAUUAAUAAUACUUUUAUUAUUCAUUUCCCAGCCACUCUGGGCGGCUCCCAACAGAACACUAAAAACAGAAUAAAACUUCAAACAUUAAAAACUUUCCUAAACAGGGCUGCCUUCGGAUGUAUUCUGAACAUCGCAUAGUUGUUUAUUUCCUUGACAUCUGAUGGGAGGGCAUUCCACAGGGCAGGCACCAAUACCAAGAAGGCCCUCUGCCUGAUUCCCUGUAACCUCACUUCUCGCAGUGAGGGAACCACCAGAAGGCACUCGGAGCUGGACCUCAGCUUGAACGAUGGGGGUGGAGACGCUCCUUCAGGUAUACUGGGCCGAGGCUGUUUAGGGCUUUAAAGGUCAGCACCAACACUUAAUUGUGUUCAGAAACGUACUGGGAGCCAAUGUAGGUCUUUAAUGAAGCUGAAUAUUUAAAGGAUUCCCAAAGCUUAUAUUAUUUAUUGCUCCUUUUUUUUUAAAAAAAGAAAAGUGUCCCAAAGCAACUUGCAAAAUGAUAUAAACAUUAAAGACAUUUUAAAAACAACAACAAAAAACCUUGUUUAUUUACUGUAAACUUUUGGUUGUUGGUUUCCCCAGUUUCAACCUUCUGAGCCUUACUUUGCACCUGACGGUGAUAGCUACUACAAAAUCAUCAGCAACGCAGAUGGCUAUAAGCAUAUCCACCACAUUGAUAUCAAUAGCACAGGGGUAAGUAACACAUAUAUAAAUAAAUCAUUGUGGAUUUAGGUUCUUGUGUCAUGUAAUUCCAUUUUUAUCUACCCUUUUUAUAUGUUAGGAAAUGAAGCCCAUUACAUCUGGAAAUUGGGAAGUAAUCAGCAUAGCUGCUUUAACGAAUAACUUCAUGUGAGUAUUCAUCAAACUUAGUUUUAAGUUUAGUGGAGAAAGGGAGGGUAAUGUUUAAAAAAGCCUGUUAUGGUUUCUUAGUAUUUGCUGUAGAGAUGCCUCUUAUUUAGAAGCAGAAAUUGCCUCUGCAUUUAUUUAUCUGCAACAUUUGCAUAUAACAACAUUGGCGGCUUUCAAUGAAGAAGGUAACUACAAAUACAAAUAGCACAUGAAAUUAUAAAACUAAAAGCAAAAAUGGAACAAAAACCCACGGUACCCCUGAAGUUUACACAAAGAUUUAAAAACUGGCCAACAUCAGUUAUUUUAAAAGGCCUGGAUGGAAAGAAAAGUCUUAACUUUUUACUCCUCUGAGUUUAAAACUUCAAAUAUCAAAACAGUGGUUUUGUCCUGCAAAGUUAGUGAGAAAAGAUGAAAAGUUCCUAUGAGGAAGGGAUACCAAGUAGUAUAAGGAUUUUGUGCAAGAAUCCCUUCUCUAGCCUGUACCAUCCUUUUUUUUAAAAAAAAACUUUUUUUUAUUCAAAAUUAAAACAAAACAUAUUAUCCAGAAACAUAUCAUCCUUAUUUUUUUCCCCAUUUUUCCUCCCUCCCACACAAAACCCACCCACCCCCACCCCCCAGCUUCACUCAGUUCCAGUCUAGAUUUCUCUAAGAAUGCUGUUUUCUGCAACUAUUUAGCUGAUUAUCACCAAUAAAAAAAUUGUGAAUGUUUAUUCAAAGCCAGCCAAGGAGUCCAGUUCACUUUGUUGCAUCUUCAAGUACUUUGUAAAGGGUUCCCAUUCAUUUUUAAAGUCACAGUUAUCCUUGUCCCAUAGCUUAUAUGUCAAUUUUGCCAGUUCUGCAUAGUCCAUCAAUUUAGCCUGUACCAUCCAAACUAAUUCUGCAUGCCCCAAGUCUUCCCAUUUGGAUUAGCAGGAGUUAUCUUGGAAACCAACUCAGGUGCCUAGCAGAUUAUGUCUGUCAGAUAGGCUGAGCGUGGAUGUCCCUUGAUUUUUUUGUGUCGUUUCUAAGCCCUCCAGCCAGAUGUAGCCAAAGUGAGGGACAUGUUAAAUUGCAAUUGACUUAAGCACAUUGAUUUCAGUGAGGUUUAAGUACCACUAACCUUUAUUGAAUUUGGAACUUUUGUGUUGAAUCAAGUUCAUCUAAGCUUAGUAUUAUGCUGGAUAGUGGAUCACUGAAUGUUACGGAGACCCAAUGCUUAACACAGAAUUUCUCUCUCUUUUGGAAGUGCCCUAUUGGCUCACAGACUCCUUUCUCCAUCCACUAUUCUUCCCAUGCAAAAUUGCCCGCCCACCCCAGCUUCCAUUUUUUAUUUUAUUAUUUUUUUUAGCAUUCACUACCGUUCAACUAGAAAGCUAGAAAUAAUACAACAGGCAAAGCCAAUGAAGUGCAGUACUUUUUAAAUUCCUAAUGUGUUUCACUGAUCAGCUUCUGGAGGAAUUUGUUCAAUACUAUUCAGACGUGCAUAAAAAAGAUAUGUCGAGUUGGACAAAUUCCCCUGAUGGAGAUUAGUGAGUGCUGGAAAUUACUUAUUAAGUAAGUCGUGCAGUUUUGUUUUUGUUUUGUCUGCUGUAUUCUUUAUGGGAUCUGGUGCAGUCCUUUCUUUUUUUCCAGGUUAGCAUUACGUUAGCAAUGAUAAAAAGAAACUUUGCCAAUGCAAGUUAGUCUUACAGCAUUGCUAUGGCAAGGUAUUAUAUGUAGGUUGAUUUUAUAGCUGUCUUUUGUAUCUGCUUUUGCAUUUGAAUAAUUUCAUAUUUUGUGUGUAACCCCAGGCAAUUUUAAAAAUUGAAAUGGUGAUUUCACAAUUUAUUGAUCAAUCAGUUGGUAACUUGUUUGCUUGUUUCACAGAUACUUUAUCAGUAAUGAAUUUGAAAAUACGCCAGGAGGAAGACAUCUGUAUAAGUAAGAUUCCACUUCGCCACAUUUUUAUUGUAACCCAAUAUGAUAUUUUUUCUUUUAAGACAAUAUCAUAUUUUUAGUUUUUAUAAGUUAUUUUUAGCAUUAAACCAAGAUAGCUUGUUUUGUCUUGAUAUUUUUGAAGCUGUGAUAAUGAUCUGAGAAUGUUUUGAAGUUUACUCCAUCUGCUCUACAGAACAUGAUAAGUUAAAGAGCUUGGGAUAUACACAGAAGGCUGUUAACGACCGAGGCCUGGUAAUGCUCAGAAUGGGGUAUUUUAUGAUCCUUUGGUCUGGUCAGUCAGUGGGUUUGAUCUAGAAAUACCCCAAAAGUGGAAGAUUUCAUGCAACGUAUACUUGAUGCAACCAUGGAUCUUCAGACUUUAUACAAGACUCUUUGCAAUAUUUUGUGUGAAGCUUUGUUGCACUAAUGGAAAGCUUCUGCUGGAUUUCAGUUCCCUUUUCUCAUGGAACAAUCUGACAGUACAUCAGAAAAAAAGCCCACCCCAUCACCUGUGCAAAGAGGCCUUCCACUCAUGGAAGAGCACCUCUGAACACAACCCUAUAUUUCUGAUCGCCAAAUACGGUUCGUCUUUGGAAUGUGUUCUAUUAUAAAUGUAACAGCAUAUGGUGUCAAGAUUUGAUGGACUUUGCAUAAUGGGAAAUUGCAUGGCUGUUUUUGCUUCGUUUUGCUGGGUGUGUAGGAUCUGAGUGAUGAGGUUUAACACAACACAGUCACAGGUUAGCUAGCUAAAUAUGUGCUGUAAUGAACUGCUAGCAGGUGGGUGCAUGGCUAUCUUAGAAAUCCACAUUUUCCAUGUAGUAAUGGAGCGAUCUUCAAUGGGAAGAAGGUUGCUGUAGCUCUCAAAUGAUUCAUCAAAGGAAUAAAAAGUAUGUUUACUGUGAUACAGAUGGUACAACAUGGAGGAACUUGGAACACCAUGGAGACAGAAAGUUCUUCAUGCAGCUGAAAAUAAUGUAGCAAACUUUGAAAGAAAAGCAUGCAAAAAGCAUGGAAAAACCCAAAAUUAUUCAAUGUGAUGGAAGCCAGCUAGCUUGCAGGGACCCACUCUUGGGCACCAGGAGGCAGUCUCCUUGUUUUCGUCUGGAGGAGGCAGCUCCUUACUGUAGGAUCAAGGGCUGGGAACCAAUCCUGGGAGAUCCCCUGCCCACCAUGGGUGUGAACCUUUCCUGCCCUGGAUGUUGGACUUCCGGAAAUAAAUUCUUGCUCUUUUAUGUAUCCUUGUGGAGCCUGGGCUUUCUGUGUUUGGCAUAGGUCUUCCUGUGCCUUUGCUGUCUCCUGAUUGAUAAGCAAGGAGAAGGACAAUAAUCUGCUGGCAAGGGAGGGGACAAUUUGCAUCUCAAUCAAGGCACAGGGCAGAAAGGUUUAACCUUCUCAGCACAUUUCAGCACUGUGUGUGUGUGUGUUUGCUGUAGCCCCGCAAAUCAGUAGGUAUUGGAAGGGGCAUAAAAAUUUGCUUUAGGGAACCAGAUCCAUCCCAUGGAGAUUAGCCACUCCUGUUAUAAUGGAACAGUUGUGCUACAGUAGUUAAUUCUUACUUUAAUAUCCAGUUGAAAACAGGACAGGAUAGAAAGAAGUGUUGCCAGUUGUGUAACCUUUUAAAAUGAAAUAGAUUUAAUCCAAGCCAAUUUGGGUGGAGUUCUUCAUAAUUGCGAUUUAAUGAAACUAACUUCAAGUUAAUCUGUUUUUAUCUUUUUUUGCAGAAUAGCAUUAAAUGAUUUAAAAAAAACAUGCAUUAGCUGUUAUCUAAACAAAGAAAGAUGUCAGUAUUAUUCAGCAUCCUUCAGCACAAAUGCAAGAUACUAUACUCUGAAUUGCUAUGGUGAGUACAGCCUGCCCCAUCUGAUAUAAGUGUGACUUGAUACUUGGACCCUAGUGCUUAUACCAGGUCUAGUCAAUCCUACUAUUACUUGCCAAUCAUAGAGGAUGAUGCUGCAUAUCCCUGUUCCCUCUAAUUUCUGAUUUUUGUUCCAUAUCCAAGCCUCAGAUUAUCAGACAUAAGAGGGAAUAGGGAUAUGCAACAUCAACCUCUUUUCAGUCACUAUAUCCUCUGACACAGGGUCUAGUGCAGCAUGAGGAGCUGCUUUUGCAGGGAGCAUCCUUGGUUCAUGUGCUGUCUGGAUCAUGGCCAUAAUUUCAAAAGCUUAGUGCAGGGACAGCCAACCUGGUGACCUCUCCAGAUGUUGGUUGGUUACAUUUCCCGUUAGUCUCUGCCAACAUAGUCAAUGGUCAGGGUUUAUGGGGUUUGAAGUCUAGCUAAAUCCAGAGGGCAUCUCAUUGGCUAUCUGCAUGUUACCUGCAUUUGACUUUUGGCUGGGUUGACAAGUGUUUUUACGUUGUAUUUUUAUAGCUCUAGACACCCCUACAAUGAAUUAUCUAGAGCGGGCGGGGGGGGGGGAGACACCAAAACAUUUUUAUCAGGCUUCCUCAACCUCGGCCCUCCAGAUGAUUUUGGCCUACAACUCCCAUUAUCCCUAGCUAGCAGGACCAGUGGUCAGGGAUGAUAGGAAUUGUAGUCUCAAAACAUCUGAAGGGCCGAGUUUGAGGAAGCCUGAUUUAUAUUAAUCAUAAUAAGAAAAAGCAAAUUGGUUGUUCUUUAGCCUUAAUAGAAGGAAGAAAAACAUUCAACUAGACAUAUAGCAACAAAAAAAGGGCAGAGCUCUUGCACCUGUUUGACAGUAGAACAGACGUCCAUGAGAAGUCAUAGAAUCACAGAAUUGUAGAGUUGGAAGGGUUCAAAGGGGUCAUCUAGUCCAACCCCCUUCAGUGCAGGAAUCUUUUGCCCAAUGUGGGGCUUGGAUCCACAACCCUGAGAUGAAGAGUCUCAUGCUCUAUCUACUGAUCUGUCUGUGGGCUUGCCUUCCUUGGAGGUUUUCAAGCAGAAGUCGGAUGGCCAUCUGUCAUGUAUGAUCUAGUUGAGAUUCCUGCAUUGCAGGGAGAUGGGACUAGAUUACUCUCAGGUUCCCUUCCAAUGCAAUGAUUCUAUGGUUCUAUGAAUUGUGUAGGAGCCUUAUGAAUUAUUAUUUUUUGCACCUGGUUACCCUAGCUCAGUUUUGUUAUACUGAUAAAAUUGUCAUGAAUUUAUUUAACUAGCUGUACAGUCUUACCCCCAACACACACCUCCACACAUAUUGUCAAAGCAAAUGCUGCAUAUUUCCCAGGAUUCAACCUACAACACAUUUUGCUGGCUAAUGUAAUCCUAGGGCUGUAAUCCUAUGCAUACUUCUUGGACAUCAUUUCUAAAAAAGUGCUGAGCAAUGAGAAGAGCUACCCAGUGAAGUGUUGUUUCUUCUCCUGCUGCCUAGAAUGAAAAAAAGAAAAAGAAAAAGAUCGAGAUACAAAUUUUGGGAAGCAGAAAAAAGGCUGAAGGGAAAUUGUUGCCUUGAAACUUCAGGCAGCAAGUCCUGGAAAAAGUAUUGAGGCAAAGUUUCCCUCACUCUCUCUGUCUUUUCCCCCAGACUAGGCCCCUGCCUGAACAAAGGGUUUGACUUAAGUUGUGUGAAACUCUCAAUUAAUGCCUCGAUUUAAAAAAAUGGAAAAUAACUUGAAUUUUUAACACUGUUCAUAACAGGUCCUGGUGUGCCAUCUUUCACCUUGCUCAACAGCAGUACAGAUGCAGGUACUUUUCUGUUUUUGUUUUAGACUUCUGCAAAUGCAUAGAAAUCUGUGGAUGUUUACCAUCUGCUGGUAGAAUGAGUUGGGCUGUAAUCCUAUGCAUACUUCUCUGGGGUUAAUCAAACAUAAUGGUCUUGCUUUUGAGUACAGAAGCGACAAACAAAGUCAGUGGGACCAGUAACAUCGAUUUGGAGGCAAUCACUGCAGUCGAUUAGAUAUAACAAUACAGCAGUAGUGCAUAAGAACGCAUGUGCAACGCAGAGCCUGCUUGCAUGGUGGGGUAGAGCUGCAAUGCUAGCUUCCUGGUCAUGGUGCCAUAGCUGCUUACCCCAAACAGAACAGGGGGAGAGAUGAGGCAAUGUUGAGGCUGGGGCUCUGCAAGCACACAAGCCCACUGGCAGAGCCAGCCUGAUUCUCCUGCCUGUGUGGCUGCAUACUCCUUGCCUCUCCCUCUCUCCACCCUGGUAGGCAGUGGCAACACCACUGCCAAGAAGCCGGCAUUGUAGCUCCACCCCACUGGGCAAGCUGCUUCUAUUGAAAUGGACUCAUAUUACAACAUAUCGGGAGCAGGCUCACAUGGUAGUGGGGGAAACAAAGCUACUAACAGGGAACCUUUGCAGGGGUGGGUGUUGCAGGAUGGGUGGGACCAGAGGCAAACGUGGGUGGAGCAAUGGAGGUGACAUGCAUUCAGCCACACAUAAAUCAGAUGUUUCUGCUCUCUCAUGGAUCUUUCCAUUCUGCAUUCAGGCAGGAAAUAGUCAUCAUAACAGCAAGACACACUAGAGGCCAGGCAAAAGCACUUGGAGGACCUGAAGUCCUACAGCAGCAGUGAAGUCUGUGGCCUGGGGAGGAGGCAUGGCGUAGGGAGAAUCCCAGGGGCUGCACAGAGAGCUCCAUAGGGCUACAUAUGGUACCAAGAUCUGAGGUUCUCUAGCCCCUGAUUUAAUCCAAUGCAUAUUGGUUUGGAAGUUUGUUGGGAUUUUUUUCUCAAGGAACUCUCGUUAGGCCUGCAUUCUUAGAGGUGUAAAUCUAGUGAUAUAAUAUGAUUUGGGGUGGGGUGGGGUCACAGGAGGAAGUGCCCAACUUGGCAACUUUCCUUUUUGAUGGCCUAUUGGUGGCAUAAUCAAAAGCCAAGGAUUGGGAAAGGAAACUGGCAGAGUGAUAAAUCCCUUUUUAGUGUAGCUCAUGUGAGGAACUCCUAUGCAUUUGGGUCCUGGAAUGGACUGACUAAAUAAUAUAUAUCACAUACUGGCACAGAGACUAAAUCUCUGAUAGCAGUUAACAAAGUGGACAGGGAGAAGUGACCCGGGGGGAAAUCCCUUUAUAUGUGAACCGGCAAGCUGGGAUAGUUGCCAGUAAGGUUCCUAUUUGUGAGUCUGUUCCUUAGAUCUUGAAUGCUCUAGGAAUGGGUAAGGAAUGGGAUCGUAUUGGUAAGAAGGCGUUCAGAUCGCUCUUUUUGUUGCUAUUUCCUCUGGCCCUGGUUCCGCAGACACACCUUAUUGUACUGCUCUCCAGGUUGUAGAACUUUGGAUUUAAAAAAGUAUUAUUUGUCUAUAUGUAAACUCAUCUCCCAUAUUCAUCUGUUUCGUGUGUAGUUAUUAAGUACCUGGAAAACAACACUGAAUUUGAUAAUAUGCAGAAGAAUGUCCAGAUGCCCUCUAAAAUACUAAAGAACAUCACAUUGCAUGGAGAAAGUAAGUUACCAGUUGUAACCAGUUGUGGGGUUUUUUUGUUGUUGUUUUUACUUCUUCAGUUUUAUCAUGAAAUAGAUGUGCAUUCAGAAUUUUGGAGGUCCUGAUUUUGCAAUCAGUCACUUUUGCAUUUAAUGCUCAGUGCUGUUUUCUGAAGAGAAGGUGAAGCUGCAUUUCCUCAUUUGACGUGGAACUAGGAUGGGAGUUUGAAUUUAAAGCCAAAUCUGUCAAAUUUGUACUUUCUGAAGCAAUAUGAGAACCAAAACAGCCUUCCUUUGAAAUUUGCACUUAUCUGAAUUUUGUGGUGAAGUCCUUCAACAUUUACAAAAGUGCAUAUAUUACGGUUGCAUAAAAAUGAAUACGUUAGUGAAAACAACAUAAAGACGUACAUUAUAUUAACAACAUUUGCUUGCAAAAAUGUGUACGUUAGUCAAAAUUGCAUACAAAAAUGUGUUGAUUAGGAAAAAUUCACAGUAAAAUGUAUGCUCAACUUUACCUUAUCCUUCUUUAUCUUACUGCUACCACCUCUCCAGGGUAGAAGCUAAUGGGUAAGAUAAAUUUCUUUGGUUUCCUACACAGGUCCAGACAUUUGAGCUCAGCAUGUUUUCAGUUACAGUAACUUUCCAGUAGAAAGAUAGCCAAGGAUCCUAUUUAGAGAAAAAACGUUGCUCUCUCCUAGAUUUCAGACCACAUAAAAUUACUACAAAGGAGCAUUUCUAUGUUUCUGAACAAAUAAAUUGUUCUGCAUUGCAAAUGACUAUUUUUAUUUCCUUUGCUUAAAAAAGGGGGGGAGGUGACUGUUUCAUCUGUCUUUAUAACUGCUCCAACUAUCCCACACACUCUAAAAAUGCAGAGUUCAAUUACAUCUUGGCUAUAUAAAACAAAAAACUCUUAUAUCUUGAGUAUAUUUCCCCAUACCCCCACCUCCACUGAAAUCUCUUUAAAAAGUAUUGUUUUUAAUUUAUACCAGAAUUUAUAUCCUGCUAUCACCUCCAGAAGGAGUCACACAGUGAUGCUAACAAAACAUAAAACAAUGUUAAAAAUAAAAACAACAGUAAUCCCAUCGUUUUAAGCAAUUACCUCAAACAACCCAGGAAUAAAAGCAUUUUUAAAAAGGAGGGACCUUGAAGGGCAAAGCUGACAACAAAUAAAUUUAUCAGCAGCCCAGUGCUGAAUGGAAGUUUUUAGGUUGUUUUUGAUGGCAAUCCUACAUCUACCAAGCCAAGCACAUGACAUUUGUCCAAUCAAGGUGUAUUUUGGUCACGUCUGAGCAUACUAAGAAUUUGUAAAUGGCUUUGGCCUAGUAUACCCGAAGGAGCAUCUCUACCCCCAUUGUUCAGCCCGGACACUGAGGUCCAGCUCUGAGGGCCUUCUGGCGGUUCCCUCAUUGCUAGAAGCAAGGUUACAGGGAACCAGAGAGAGGGCCUUCUCAGUAGUGGUGCCCGCCCUGUGGAAGGACCUCCCAUGAGAUGUCAAGGAGAUAAACAACUAUCUGACUUUUAGAAGACAUCUGAAGGCAGCCCUGUUUAGGGAAAUUUUUAAUGUUUGAAGUUUUAUUCUGUUUUUAAUGUUCUGUUGAAAGCCACCCAGAGUGGCUGGGGAAUUAUUAUUAUUAUUAUUAUUAUUAUUAUUAUUAUUAUUAUUAUUACAAUGCUUUUCAAGUUGUUAUAUCACCUAAGCAUAACUUGAAGCUUAUCUUCUUGUUACAUGCCCAGUCAUGAUUUUCCAGGGUGGGGAUGGGUUUGUGUUGUGACAGACAAAAACUUUCUCUAUACAAACAGUCUCUUAGUCUGCACAAGAUCCCUUUCUGCAACACCCAUGCAUAGUAUCAAUUCAGUAGCUUGCACAACUCCCCUCCCCCAAAUUGAAUUCAGUAAAUUUACUUCUGAGUAGACAUGGGUAGGACUGCAGCUUUAAUAUUCUUUUUGGGGUUUUUAAAAUCAGGUUAUUGUUUUUGGUUUGAUUUAAUAUGUUGUGGUCUUGUUUGUGAGACCUCCGGGUAUAGGGCGGUGUAUAAAUUUAAUAAAUAAUAAUAAUGCUAUUUAAAAUAUUUGUUAAAUCAAACGGCACCUACUUCAAAUGUUCUAUUGAACAUGUCCUGGGCUGUGAUAGGUUUCCUUUCCCAAUACAGUAAAAUUCCAACCUUUUUCAUAAGAAGGAAGAGUAAUGCCAAAGACAUCUACGCCUAUGGAGAUUAUGCUACUUUUUCAUUUUGGAAAAUUUCAGACUUUCUAUGGUCUGAGGAAAGAUGCUAAUGAUUGCAUAAUUGUGUUGUGUAGCUGUCCCAUAAAAAUGUAGGUGAAUGAAUUACCCUUGAUAACUUAUUCGAUAUUGAAGACAUUUCCAUGCAUGGAAAUGGCUCUAAUGAUGAGGUUGCAGAAUCUGUGGGCAGUAUUACUUUUAUGUAGAGUUGACCCACUGAAAUUAAGGAACCUGACUUAGUCAUGUUCAAUACCACCCUGUGUGUUUACAGGUACCAAAGCAUUGGUAUAACAUAUCUUGGCUUAGUUUGACCUGUGUUACAGUUCUUGGAAGUAUAAAAAUAUGAGAAGGCUAGAUUUUUCUCAUAGCCUUGUCAGGAUUUUUAGGCAUAGGGCUUUCACAUAACUUUUGAUGGAUGUCCCUGUUUUAAAAUGAAAUACAAGUGAAGAACAGUGCUGUAGUAGUUUAGAACACUAUGAUUCCCCUCUAACAGAAGAAAUGUUAGGGCAUUGUCACACAAAAUUGGAAAGUCACUGCCAAAUUAAUAGUUUGCUCACUCUGUAGUAUUUAAGUACAAGUAUGCGUUGUCCAAAUGCUUAUAUCUAAGAAUGUAGGCUUUUGCUUCAAGCCAGAAUUGGAACUCACUCUAAACAAGACUACACUCUUUUGUAUGAGUGUAUCUUUCAGUUACUAGUUACUUGCCUCAGUGAAAUGUUUUUAUUCCUGUUUUCAGCAUUCUGGUAUCAGAUGAUCUUACCUCCUCACUUUGAUUCGUCUUCAUCAAAGAAAUAUCCUCUGCUUAUUGAUGUGUAAGUUGAAGUGCUUGGCCAUAUUAUACUUUAUUACUUGUCCAACUGGGUUCUGUAUGAAGGUGAAACAAAACAGUAAAUGUAAUUGUCCUUAUGAUCAUCAGCUUGACUUGAUAUGGUUCAGGGAGGUGAGGAGCCAUUUAGUCAGGCCAGUGGAGUUGUUCUUGCUGCUGCCACUAGGUGAGAUGGCUAAUAAAAAGGUAAAGGACCCCGGACCAUUAGGACCAUUAGGUCCAGUCAUGACCAACUCUGGGGUUGCGGCGCUCAUCUCGCUUUAUUGGCUGAGGGAGCCGGCGUACAGCUUCCAGGUCAUGUGGCCAGCAUGACUAAGCCGCUUCUGGCGAACCAGAGCAGUGCACGGAAACGCCAUUUACCUUCCUGCCAGAGUGGUACCUAUUUAUCUACUUGCACUUUGACGUGCUUUCGAACUGCUAGGUUGGCAGGAGCAGGGACCAAGCAAUGGGAGCUCACCCCAUCACGGGGAUUCGAACUGCCGACCUUCUGAUCGGCAAGUCCUAGGCUCUGUGGUUUAACCCACAGUGCCAGUAGAUGACUAUUUAGGGAGAAGAGGAGCUAAAUAGUUUACUAGCAACCCUUUCAAAGACUAUCAUAUAAACAUAAAUGCCAAUUUUGGCUUUUUAAAUAACAACUACCCACCAAAUUUUCAUGUGGUCAAAGUGUCUUAUUUCAUGGUAUCAAUGACCUAUGAAGCUUCAUGGGAUCCUUGCUACUAAUAUACUGCUACUCAAGGACAGCCAGAUCAGCAGCAACAAGUGAAGCAAUUGCCAGGAAGGCCUCUCAGUCGUCCCAAACUUAGGUGUAUGGAUGAAGAGAAACCAAGAGGGAAUCCUUGGUUGAUUUGAGAGUUCGCAUUAUUGCUUUAUAAGCUUUUCAUUUGUGCUGCUGCUAAGCAGUUUUUAUGGCUGUUUCUUUCAUCAAGAUUGGGGAAAUGCAGAAGAAAAUGUUUUCUAAAUAAUCCGAAACAAAACCAAAAAUGGGUUUUCCCCUUCAAACUACAGAAAAGAAAUUCAUCAUGACUGGGAAUGUUAAGGUGUGAGCUAAAUCUUGUAUAUCCUUAUGUAUGUUGAUAAUAUUUCUCUUGAAAACAGCAUGCUCUACAGCAAGGGAAGAAAUCUUGAUCUACGUGCACUCAAAUGUCUUUGUAAUCAAAUACCUAGUUGUUGCUGACGCAGGAAGAACUGUUAUAUGCCUUCCAUCAGGCUAUUGAGGCUCCUUCAGAGCUUCCACAUCUUGGGGAAAUGGUGGCUAUCUUGCUUCCUGGAUUUUAAAUCUAUUGGCAGAAGAUGUUCUUUUCCCCCCUCCUUACCAUGCAAUCAAUCAAUAAAUAUGUGUCUAAAUACUGUUGAACAUGAUCAGAACAAAAUAUUUGGUUGAGUUCCAAGCAAUGAACUCCAGCCUUCCUACUCUUGGGAGAAGAUUCCAUCUCUCCCUGGUGUCUGCGUGACUGUCAGGCUUACAGAUAUUAGCAUCACAUUAUUCUUCAUGGAAAAAAUUAAGGCAAUGCAAACAUUUGUAAUGUGAAUGAGCAUUUUAUCCAGUGUAGGUUUUGCAUUAUAAACCCCAUAGCUGCCUCUAUGAGACAAAAAAGAAAGAAAGAUGCAAGGACUGUGUGAGCUUGCUGCUGUUUUUGCUAAGCUUGCCUUUUUGUCAGCAAUAUAUAGUGCCUGCCAAUAACAAAGAACAAUGAGAAGUAGCCUCAGGUAAGUUCUUAAAUGUGACAUUCCUAGAAGGUGUUGAUUUUCCAUUGCACUCACUGCUACCAUUAGGAAACAAAGUACACAGGAGGUGCUCAUUAGCUUUGAGGACAAGAAGUCAGGAUUGUGCUGAAAACAGCUGGUUUGUUAUUUCUCUUGAGAAGUAGACCUGAGCUUAUUAAAAUCAAUUGAAACAUUCUUAUUGACAUCAAGAUAUGAUCUCUAGGUCAAGCCACUGUGUGCAGUGGAAAAAACUCUUAACUAGAAAACAAUUGCCAACUGAUAGUUACUUUAAAAAAAGAAUAUGUGGACCAGGAAAUUGUAUUGUAUGUUGCACAAUUGGUUAAAAAAACAGUCUCCCAUACUUACCCUGAAGCUGCAAAGGCAGUCAGAAAGGCACAUUCACUGGAUCUUGAACAUAUGUUCUUGGUUGCUUUCUUUCUCCACACAUCUCUGCACAUAUUAAUGUAUUUGCAUUAAUUACCCUGCCUCUUCCAAUUGUGGAUUACAAAAAAAUUGCUUUUCAAAGUACAAUGAUAGCAGAAAUACCAUAUUUGCUGAGAAUUGACUCUCUGAGGGAAUAUACAUUAGUUGUAACUGGGUUUUCUAUGAUUCUAUUGAUUUGCAUUUUUUAAAGCUUAAUGGUGUUACAUAAUUAUCACUGGAAUUAUUAAUUAUUUGCCUACUUAAAAUUUCAAUGUGCAGUAAUGAGGAAGGCCUUUUGCUUUUAAAAAGUGGUUCUUGUUAAGUAAUCUGAAGUCUGUUCUAUAGUUUUUUAGGACAACAUGUGGAAGGAAUAAAGUGGCGUGAUUUUUAGAUGGCUGGCAUGUUUUAAUUGCAGAAACUUUGGAAAGGUGCAUAAAAGCAGAUCUAGAACUAGUUAGUACUACUUCAGUACAAGCAAGAAUAGUUCUUCCAUCUUCUUCUUCGGUGAUCACUCAUAGCCGAGUAAGAUUGUCUUCCAUGACCAUGGUUUUAACAGUGAGUCCAUAAGCGACUGUGGAGGCCAGUUCUGGAUCCACAUGUCCCUCCACAGUGGGGACAUAGGUUUCUUGGUGGGAAUUGAACACGGACAAACCAAGUAGUUCUUGAAAUCUUAAAUUCCAGUUGUAUUUUCCUGUUUGUUUAGAAAUUUAGUAAUGCUGAAACAAAUAUAAAGCAGCUUGCGAAAGCUUACCUGUGACUCUUUUUACAGGUAUGCAGGACCCUGUAGUCAGAAGGCAGAUUAUGCAUACCGGAUUAAUUGGGCAACAUACCUUGCAAGCACAGAGGAGAUUAUUGUGGCUAGUUUUGAUGGCAGGGGAAGUGGCUAUCGAGGAGACAAAAUCAUGCAUGCAAUAUAUCGAAGACUUGGAACCUAUGAAGUUGAAGAUCAGAUUGACGCAGCCCGGUAAGCACACCUCAACCCUUUCCUUUUAAUGCUGCAUGUUUAAGUAAUCUUGUUGUGGGAAAGUGACUUUUGUAUUUACUUAUUAUGCUAUGCUUUGUUAGUGUUUGUUUGAAAUGCAUUCCUGUUUCUUAGCUGUAAGCCGCUUUGAGCAAGAUUUUGUUUGUGGGAAAGUGGCAUAAAAAUAAAAGUAAUGAAUGAAAGAGUGCAAAUGUUAGCGAACAAGUAAUACAGAAAAUAAACUUGGGCAGUAAAGGAUUUGUUCCAUAGACAUACAUGCCAAAACUUAAAAUUUGUUAUGUUUGUAAUUUAUCUGGGAAGAAGGGGCAGUUGGGCUAAAAACUGCUAGAGAGCAACUGAGGGGCAGAAUAAGUAGUGCUUUCUCUUGAGUCUCUGUGUACCUCAUUUAUUUAUUUUCUGUCUUUUUCUUAGGGCAUUUGCUAAAUUAAGCUAUGUUGAUGAGAGCAGAAUAGCUAUUUGGGGCUGGGUAAGUAUUAAAGUUAAACCUCUUUGUAAUCACCAAUUUAAAUGAUUAAAGAGAUCCUAAUGUAAUUACGAAAAACAUUUAUAUUUACCGGACCACACUUAUCUUGAGAAAUAGAAAGUUAUUUAUGGAUGUUUUGAGGCAGCUAUGCCCUAAUAAGCAUUAGCCUGGCGGCAAGUGUCCAUUAUUUCAACCAUCAUUACUUCAACCUUUCAUUGAAUAUAUUUAUAUGCCGCUUUUCAUGAAAUGUUACAAAGUGGAAUACAAAAGGUGAUGUAAAAUACGUAAUCACAAGCAGCUAAUAAAAGAACUGUACUAUUAGAAAAGUCAACUCAUAAGGACACUGGCAAUAUUGGGGGGGGGGAUAUAAUACUCCACCCCAUCACCAUUUUUAUCCCAUUCCUCCUCCAGAGGGAGCCUAGAGAAAUCAUAAACAAACAUCAGCCAUAAAUAUAACAAAUGACAAUUCUGCUAAAAAUAUUGGGUACCAAAUGCCAGGAAGAAUAAGAAUGUUGUCAGAUUUGUUUAGAAGAUGUUAAUGGAGAAGACAACCUCACUUUCACUAGGGAUUGUGUGUGUGUGUGUGUGUGUGUGUGUGUGUGUGUGUAAAAUCAGGGUAUAAGAAUAGCAACAACGGACUCUUCAUGUGUUUUAAGCAAUAGGAUUUAUUUUCUCCUAGUCAUAUGGCGGUUAUGUGACCUCCAUGGUGCUCGGCUCUGGAAGUGGUGUGUUCAAGUGUGGAAUAGCUGUUGCUCCCGUGUCACGAUGGCAGUUUUACGGUAUGUUCUGUUUUGAAAUAAAAUGGAUAAUUCCUCUACAAAGCGUUGCAAAAAUCAUAUUUGCAGCUGCUAUAUAUAUUCAUAGGUAUAUUAUCUUAUUAAAUUUGUAUACUGCCCUUCAUCCGAAGAUUUUCACAACAGAAAAAUUAAAAGUGCCAUGAACUCGUGUGAGGGAUUAACACAGUGUCUCUGGAUCAUAAUUUCCAUUAAAAAAGAAUAAAAAAGCAACUUGGAAGUGGAAGAGGAAAAUAAUCUGCUUAACCUUUAAAAGGCACAAAAUCACUUAAUAUUUGAAAUUUUACUAUAAUGCAAAUGUCUGCAUUUGCAUUCCUCAAAAGUGCCAUGUGUUCCAAAGUGUUGCAGGAUCAUUUCUGAAUGUCAUAAAAUUCAUUGGCACUGCUACUAACUUACUUCUACUUACAGUGAGCUCUAAAAAGAGGGGUCAUUAUAUUUAAUCCUUGUCUGCUAGGAAAUUUGUCACUGCUGAUUUAAUAUGCUAUUAGGGGCUGUUGUUUUUUAAUUUAAAAAAAUUAUCUACCAAAGCAGAGUUGGGAAACUUAAUGCCCUGUUGUACCUAUGUCUUUAACUCUAGUGUUCAAAUUAUGGGAUAGCCGAAGGGGUUCCAUUUCCUUAGCUUUGGGUUUUUUGUUUCUUUUUAGAAAUCUAAGGAAGAAGAUUUGGCUAAAUAUGUUGGAAGAUGGGGCUUGUGAGUUUUUUUAAGUGUUCCCUACCUUUCCCCUUAGGGACGCGGGUGGCGCUGUGGGUUAAACCACAGAGCCUAGGACUUGCUGAUCAGAAGGUUGGCGGUUUGAAUCCCCACCACGGAGUGAGCUCCCGUUGCUUAGUCCCUGCUCCUGCCAACCUAGCUGUUUGAAAGCACGUCAAAGUGCAAGUAGAUAAAUAGGUACCGCUCUGGCAGGAAGGUAAACGGCAUUUCCGUGCGCUGCUCUGGUUCGCCAGAAGCGGCUUAGUCAUGCUGGCCACAUGACCCGGAAGCUGUACGCCGGCUCCCUCGGCCAGUAAAGCGAGAUGAGCGCUGCAACCCCAGAGUCGGUCACGACUGGACCUAAUGGUCAGGGGUCCCUUUACCUUUACCUUUAAGGAUAGGGCAGAGUGGUGGCAACACCAUCCCAGGUGACAGAAUGUCAGAAAGCUGCUAAUGUAUUUGUUUGAUCCUUCAAAGCAUUGAGUCAGAGGAGCUCAGGGUUGGUAGCAGUGGUGUGCACCAACCCAGAGCUCCCCUGAUCAUUGGAGGGCACCUCAAUGCACCACUGCUGUAUAGAGUAGCAUUUACUACUAGGUGGGUGGGGGCAAAUUCAACCCGCAAACAUUCUAGGACACUUCAUUACUGAUCUAAUUGCAUGUGCUUACACAGUGCAAUCAGGGUAGCGUUGGUUGAAAUUUCUGAAGUAGGAAUACUGCAAAUGCGGUAUUGUGUUUGUGCAGACCAGAGACGGUCAAUCUUUUUGAAAAUAAAAUUGAAAGAAAGGUUUGACCUCCUGAGGUGUGAUCGCGCACACCUUUCUUUGCCCUUCUGCUGCCUCUGUCAAAAAAGAUUUUCCAGGUUUUUGAAACAAUACCAAAACCUGUUCAGCAGGUGUGAAAAGCAGCAUGACUGAACACGCAACAAUUCACUCCUUCGAAUUGCCCACAAUUGUGUCCACCUGUUGGAAUUUACUGAAACUAGAGAACUUCCCCACUUCUAAAUAAGACACAUCUGGCAAAUGUGGUGUAGGGUAGAGGUGACCUGUGUCUCUGCCCUUAAGGAAAAGGCCAGAGUAGGGGGAGCUAGCAGCAUGGUAGCAGGGUGGAGUGAAGGGUCCGAUAUAACUCUGGCUAUUAGUAAGCUUCAGCGUAUGAAGACUUGACAGGGAACAUUUGUAGGGUAAAAGCAGUGCUGUGCUGAAACCUGCCCUCCAAAGCUUUCCUGAUCAGUAAAAGAGGCUUUCUGUUUUCCUUCUGUUUAUUUGUUUUGCAUGGGGUGCUUUAGGAUUUCUAUUUUAUCAUUGUGAGGUGACUGGAUAGUGUGCAUGUGUAUUUAUUCUUCUUACCACUGAACAUUUUCCAGCUCUUCUGAAGCAUUCCCAGUAGCCUAUGAGCUCAAAAAAGCCCUAGGACAGGUGUUGCCUUAUGCUGUCCCAGGUGUUUUCAACUGGGGACACUGGGGAGGGUGGCUACUGAACACCUGAGAUCAAUGUGCUCACUGAUUUUAAGGGAAGCCUUUCAUUUUAGCUUGCUAAAAGAGAGAAAUCUUUCUGCAAUGAAUGGCAGUAGGCAAGUAUCCCUGCCUUCUUUACUUAUAGGAAAGUCCAGCUGAGGAUGUCAGGAAGUUUUCAGGAAAUGUGGGGAACUCAGGAAAGUUGCUGAGUGCAGGCUGCCAUAGAGAUGAUUUGUAGAAUGAUAGAAAGGAUGCUCAUGAACAGCUCUCAACCACCUCAAAAGUAAGAUAUGUUCAACAAAAACUCCACCCCACCCAUCAGAAUUUCACUGAAAUUUUAUCUCCCAUUUGAUAAUUUCUGGAUAUAAAUUUGUUCCUUAUGAAUUAACAGGGAAAGUUCAGGGGGAGGGAUGAAAGAGAAUUUUUUGGCACAUCCCUAGGUGAGAUUGAUCCCUUGCCUUUGCAAAAACCAACAACAACAAAAAACCCUUAAGUGACCAUCUGCUACGUUUGUAUAGACACUUAACUGUUCUGUUUGUUCUUGAUUGCUACAAUAGCCUGGGAAAGUGGAGGCCUCAUCUUCUCCCAGUCAUGAGGACAAAGUGGCAAAAGUAGAGGAAAUGGCUUGUUAUGAGCCUAUGUAUCAGGUUAGGAGGCCAGAAAGCAGAAGGGUUAACUGCCUAUAUAUGAUACAUGACAUCUCUCUUGUUCCCUCAGGUGAAGUUUUCUGACAAAAAUGGAAAUAUAUCAAGGCAAUAAAAUGUGCAUGUUUAGUAUGAAUGAGUUGGGUUUGUGUAACUGGGUUAAUAAGUUCAUAAGAGCCUGGGAGGGCCAAAGGGUGCUGACUGUGAAAAAAUAAUAAUGCUUUAUCUGUUACAUCUGGUAAUCUUGCUGAUUGGAAAUUGGUGUCUACUGACAUCUGAUUUCCUGAUCAGGGGUUACUCACUCAACUUGUUUCCAUUUUCUUCUUCGGUUUAUCUUGUCUGUUUCUUCUUUUCCUCCUUGACUUGCAUGCUGUAUGCCAAACUGCCCUUAAAAUAAUAUCAUUUUACAAUAUUUCUUUGCAUUGUCUCCUCUCCCCCCCCCCCCAGAUUCUAUAUAUACUGAACGCUACAUGGGCCUUCCUGAAAAAAGUGAUAACCUGCCUUACUAUGAGGUAAGCAUGUAACCCCUAGUAAACCCUAGUCCUUCCCACCUCAUGCAGCUACUAACCUCCCUUUUCACCUUCCCAUCCCCAUUUCUGAAGCCAUUUCUCUCUCCUAUUCUGCAGUCCCUCUUUCAGCCCUGUUUUAAUCUUCACACCGUAACCUAGCACAUAGAGCACCAUCAUGUUAACUGCCUGGAUCUCUCCCCCCCCCCCAAUUCUGAACCCAUCCCUCCUGUUCUGCAACCCUCUUUAUAUUCCCAUUUGUACCUCCAAUUCCACUGAAGAGACAAUCCGUUGUUUGUUUGUCUGUGAAAAAAACUUGAGGUUAGCUAAACCAUGGCUUAGUGUUAUGUGUGAAGCAGACCAACACUGGCAUGUAGAGUUUAGUUCUCACCAAAGAUUGAAAGUGAGAGAUGUGGGGCAGAGCACAGGGAUAGAAGGUGCUGCUAAACAUUCACCCAAACGACUGUGUAAAUCUGGUAUCUGUCAUGGUAAAACUGGUAUCUGUCUUUAUUAAAGGACUCAUUAUAGUACUAAAAACCAUGAAGUAGAACAAAUUACUGGGUGGCUUUGGGCAAGUUUUUCUCACACCCCCACACUGUGUCUGUAUCACAGAGAGGUUAAGAUAAUGAAAUAAUCCUGCAUACUCUGUCCUAAUCUCAUCUGGGUGCAAAUGGGAUGCUAAUAAAUACCAGGAGAGUAAAUAGUAUUAGGUGCAGACUGCACAAACUACAAGCCAGAACAAAUUGUGCACAAAUCUGGAUAUAUCCACCUAAAUGUAUGUACUUGAGAUCUCAAGUCUGAUAGUCAUAGGGGCCUUCCCCCCCCCUUUUGUCCUUUUUAGGAGAUAAAAUAACAAAAAUGGUGGGGAAUCCUUGAUACAGUAAAAUGAGUUUUGGACCUUUUUGCUGCCUCCCCUUCUGUCAGCUAUCUCCGUGAUUUAUGGACUCUGUGUAAACUUCCUCAUCCAAAUAGUUUUGACGUAUCACCACCUUCCUCCCUGCUCCCAACCCCAGUCCUUAUUACUUUUCUAUUUUGACUUCCUGUUUGCUGAACAUCUUGGGGUUCUGUUCAGGCAGCCUGAGGGGUAGCAGAUCCGCACGGCAAUUUUGCAAAUGAAAAGUCUCUUAACUUGCUACAGAUUGAAAUGUUAGUGCUCUGGGUGCACAAUGUCACUCUGCAACUUCGCGGCACAGAUGGCACCAGAGGACUGUAUCAUCCUUUUCUGCCAGGAGUCGAGUUUUCUUGGCGUGGCAUCUAUUGCUGGCAGUGUCCACGUUGAAACUGCCAGUACCAAAGAGCUAAAGGUUUCCAAUGUGUUACUCAGAGGAUUAAAUUGGAGAGGCUGCAAACUAGGAGGAGGGAGGGGUACAUAUACUGAUUUGACUGUUUCAGUGCACUUUGUUCAACUCAUGUUACAAGAGUCAAGUGGGAGGGGGAAGGAGUCUUCUUGGCAUAAGAAGUUAACUAGGGUGGAUUUCUCUCUUCUCCUCCAUGACCCCCAAUAUCUUUGUUCUACGAUAACCAUGUUUCCGCCUCCCUCUCCAACUAAGCAGGUCACCAUGUUUAGGAUUAUAUCCCUCCUCUAUUAAAGAAUUAAACAUGGGGGUAAAUUUGAUUCAGUUCACAUUUCACAGCUAAUCUAUCCAAUUUGUGACAAGCAACCCAAAACAUAGCUACCUUUUGAAAUUUGCCCUUCCUUAAAUUUUGCAAUGUGGUUCUCCAGAGAAGUAAUGAGUUCCAAAAAUGCAUAUACUAGGGUAAAAUGCAUAUACUAGGCAUGAAAAUGCAUUUAUUUGUGAAAAUGGCAAACAAAAAUACAUUAUAUUAAGGGGAAACUGCUUUGGGGGAAUAAUGUGUGCAUUGGGCAAAAUGUGUGUAUGAGGAGAACACAAAAAUACUGAUAAAUUUUCACGAGGACUCACUCUCUCCACCCCCCCUCUAUAUAUAUGGCAGACCAAUGCAGAGAAUCAAAUUUAAGAACAGAAAAAUGAGAAGUGAAAACAAGAUUGACUAGGGAUGGGUGAAUCUGUCAAACACGGUUUUUUAGGUGGCAGUUCCUUCUAAAAGCGAUCAAGGAAGAGUCCAGUCAGAUGGAUUAAUUGUAGCACAGUUAAACUUUAGUUGCUGCGGCUAACCAUACUAGAGAGGCAAAAAAGAGGCACCUGGGAUUAAUUUACCUGACCAUCUCAUUUGCUCUUGGCUUUCCACAAGAUUGAUAGGAUUCAGUGAAGAAGGGUGUGGUGUGGGGAAGUAGCAGUUCAGCAAUGGCAAGGUACUGGGAGUGGAAAUAGGAUCUAGUCCUUGCAUAGAUGGACUAAAGAGUCAGGGCUCUUAAUCCCCAGUUGUAAACUGCCAGGGAAUGGGGCUGGACUGGAUGCCAGUGCAAGAAACAUCAGCAAGGCAAAAGUUUGACCUUUUUAAAAAAUAAAUAAAUAAAUAAAAGCCUGUGACAAUGGCAUACCAGUUCUCUUGGAACCUAAAUUAACUGAGGAAGUGUGCUGUAGGGUGACAGUCUAGUCCAGGCACCCCCAACCUUUGGCCCUCCAGAUGUUUUGGACUACAAUUCCUAUCAUCCCUCACCACUGGUCCUGUUAGCUAGGGAUCAUGGAAGUUGUAGGCCAAAAUAUCUGGAGGGCCACAGGUUGGGGAUGCCUGGUCUAGUCACAUUUAUUUUCAUGUAUUCUUUUUUUAAAUCAAGCCACAGCAUAAAAUGUAAGACCUGUAUAAGUGUUCAGAAGAGGAACAAAAGAACAAAAACCAAGGCAUGCCAAAUUUCAGUUUUGUAUACAGUCAUUCUUGAAUUCAGAAAAGAAAAUGGAUCCAAGUGAUAAGAUUGUCUUUUAUUCUUCCCACUGCUACUCCUAGCCCCAGCCCAACCUUCUCUUCAGUUAUCAAACUAAACCAAACAAGUAGUAACUUGAAGCUGGUGCUGGUGAGGCAGUAUCAGUGCCAGAAGAAGCUUAGUCAGUUUUGACUGUAUGUGCCCUCACCUGGAGUUCCCCCCUCCAUUAAGACAGUUUUGAGAGUAAAUACACAUUGGGCUGAACUAAACGAGUACAGUUUUAGGUUGUCUAUUAUAGACAGUGUUAUAAUGGUAUGGUUCUUGUAAUCUAAUAGUUAGAGGCAGAAUUGAUUUCUGUGAAGGUGUCACUUUCCCUCUCAGCAACCAGCAGUAAACCACCUCUGUGUUGCUGUUAAAUGGGUUCUCUGCUUAGAUGAAUACGCGAGGGCAUCUUCAGGCAAUCUUCCCUAACCUGGUUUCCUCCAGAUGUUGGAACUACUACAAAUACCAUCAUCCCUGUCCAGUGGUCAGGUUGGCUGCAGCUGAUGGGAGUUGUCUAAAACACCUGGAGGGCACCAGGUUGGGAAGGAACGUAACAAGAGCCCCCUGCUGGAUCAGGCCAAAUGUCUGUCUACUCCAACACUGUUCCCAAAGUAGCCAACCAGCUGCCCAUGGGAAGCCAGAGACCAGAACCCGAGUAUAACAGCAUCCUCCCUACCUGUGAUAGUCAGCAACUGUUAGUGAGAGAUGGAGGUAGAAUAUAGCCUAGAAGCCUGAUCUGGGACCUGGUUCACACAUGCAUGUGCAUUACUUGAUUAACAUGCACUUGAUGCCUGGCCACUGAGUGUGUGAACUUCCAUUGGAAGCCAUUCUUGUUUUGAGAAGAUGUAGGGUGUUGUGACAAUUCUGUCUGUGGUGUGAUUAUCUGAGAUGGCCUUUUUGCAUGUGCAAGUCAUAGCUUGAUAUGGCAGUUAUCAGAUGACAAAACAUGUGUGAACCAGCCCUAGAAGAGCAGGCUUGCUGUUAAUCUUAACAGGAUGCUUACCCUCCUUAACGCACAAAAAACCGCACUUGUGCUGAAACACCAGCAGUAAUAAGGCCUGAUAUUUUGUAUGUAUCCAGAGGCUUGCAUGUGCCUAAGGAGGUUAAUCCUAAAUUGCAGCCCUGUCCACAUUCAACAGCUUUGUAAAGGAGAGGAAGGUGAUGAGAAAGGUCAGUUGCGGUGUUGUGCAAAAAAAGCAAGGAAGGACACCAAAAACAGUAAAAACUGUGUGCACCACCCCAGAAACAAGAGAAUGCCUAAAGGAAACUGGACUGACAUGUUAAGAGCCGGAGGGGAGGGGGAGACAAAGCUGAUGAUUUGGGGAGGGGAGGAGAUGGUGAUGUCAUAGGCUACCAGGAGAGCGUGCACCAGGGGGGACUGUUAAACUUGUGAAAGAGGUUGUUUUGCAGCUCUCUCUGAAUUUGAAAUGCUGUUGGCAAGUAUUUGAAGCAGUCAUAGAUUUGGCAAUCUUCUGCUAGCAGAUUUGAAAUGUUCAGUCCUCAAGAACUGCUGCAUCAUUAGGUUAUGCAAAACAGGGUACAAUUUUGUAAAUAUGCCAUCUUGUACUGAUAUGACAUUUGUUCUAUUAUCCAAGAAAUAUGCCGAAGGGAGAGAGACCUUCAGAUUCCAGCCAAAUGUUAACUUGUUUGUUGAGUGCUGAUAAAAUGUUGACUGCUGUGUGAUCUUUUCACAAAGCCAGUUCCCCUUGCAGUGGCCUUACAACUAAAGUGUAGCAAAGGGCAGCAGAGAAUUUCUGCACUUGGGUUCAUGCAAACUAUAUAACCAUGCAACAAGAUUUUUCCCUACAAAAGAUUCUAUUUCACUUGUAUCCCUUGUAACUCUUGGUUGGGAGCAAGAGCAAGCAAGUUCCCUUCUUGUAACUAUGGUGUAGUUUAUUCCAUAAACAAACACUGUGUUAAACUCCUCAGGUUCUGCUUAAUGACUAACACCUGGGAAUGGUGACUGAAUUUUUGUGUUACUUGAUUUUUGGGAGCUAUCUAUACAAGAGUUUGCUGACUGCCAAGAAGUGAGAAAAAACGAGGUCAGAGACUGAAUAGUUGUUUGCAUGUGUUUUUAUUAUUUUAUUAUUGUUAUUUUGGCUUAGAUGCUCUAGAUUACUGCAUCAUUUCCCAUCCAAAGCAAUGAUGCACAGCUUCACUAAGUCCACACAAGGGACCAUCAGAGAACCAUAUGGGAAGGCAGUGCAAAAGCACCUGCGUAAUACCUUUUUUUUUUGCAGAGAUGCUCAGUGCAACAUGAGAGAAUGAAUGAUGUGCUUAUGGCUGCAGCCUGCAUUUCCCAUUUCUGGAAAGAGGGCACAUGCCACACUGAAGAGAUGGUCAGCAUACACUGCUUUGACAUCACUGGCUUUUAGCUUUGGGGAUAGAUUCCCUAUUUGCUCUUUCCCCUUUGACAAGGGGAUUGGUGCCAUCAAGCUCAGCAGGUGGAUCACUGAAGAUUCAGGUGUAUGAUUUCUAGUCCAACAGUAGAUCCUAGAAUAGGCUGUGACAAGUGAAUUCAGGCACUUGGUGGCCCAUUUUAAUGCUAACAGCAGGUGUGGAGAGAAUCUGCUGGAGGAUGUGAUAUCUGAUUUUUGUUUCUCAUGCCAUGUACCAUUUCUUGCACAGUGGUAUCUCUGGUUGCGGACAGGAUCUGUUCUGGAGGUCCGGCCGGAUCCCAAGGUUUUCGCAACCAGAGAGACCACUUCUGCGCACACACGCAUAGCGGUAGAGUGCUUCUGCGUAUGUGCAAAUAUACUUCCGGGUUUGCCGCUUACGUAUCCCAAAGUUUACGUAACCAGAGGAAUACAUAAGCGGAGGUACCACUGUAUGCAGGUCUGCAUCAGGGCCACCCUACCGUUAGGCAAAGUGAGACAGCUGCCUCAGGUGGCAGAUGUGGAGGGCCGGACAUCAGCCCCCUGUUUUCCCCCUAGGAACUGUAAGCUAGCCUGCUGUCGCCAGGUGAAGAUCCUGUGGAAGAUACUGUCUCGGUACCAUUGUUAAGACUCUGCUACUAGUCCUGUUGGAUUCUAUCCAUGGAAUGAGAGGGUGCCAUCUUGCCCUUAGAAACACUCAAAAGCAGACUACAACUGAAACUUCUGGUUGUUUGUUUUAGAAUUCCACAGUUAUGGCAAGAGCUGAAGAGUUCCGAAAAGUUGAGUACCUCCUGAUCCACGGAACAGCAGAUGGUGAGCUGCUCUUAAUUCAAUUCAUUAUAUAUCAUACAUUUGUAGUUCUGCUCCUGACAAAUCAGAAGCACAAUGGGGCAGCAUAAUAAUACAACCUUAAGGACAGUUCUGUUUGUGCAUGUUUAUUAGCGGGGCUGGAGAGCUGUGGUCCAGCUCUGGCCAUUGGGUUCCCUGCUCUGUGGCUUAGCAGAUGAUAUUUUGAAUUUAUCUGUGGUAUUUUCUCUGUCAUUCCCAGAUAAUGUUCACUUUCAACAAUCAGCCCAGAUUUCAAAAGCGCUGGUUGAUGCACAGGUGGAUUUCCAGGCAAUGGUACGUGUUAAGCAUUCCUAAGAUGCUUGCUAGGCAUACUGUUUGCAUUCUAAACUACAGUGGUACCUCUGGUUAUGAACGAAUUCGUUCCAGAGGGCCGUUCUUAACCUGAAACCGUUCUUAACCUGAGGUACCACUUUAGCUCUGUUGUCAUCCUGAGGUAAAGUUCUUAACCCGAGGUACUACUUCUGGGUUAGCGGAGUCUGUAACCCAAAGUGUUUGUAACCCGAGGUACCACUGUAUGGGGCAGCCAAGAGAAAAGGCAACUUGUGUUUACAAAGCAUGUAUUGAACUACUCACCCUGAACUAAAUUGGAAUACAUGGGGGCACCCAUAUUCUUCCCCACAAUGGAAUUUCCAAGAAACAACAAUGCACCUUGAUGUAGCAUUAUUAGGGCUCGCCUGAGAUAUUUUGCCGCUGUAGGCAAAAUGCUCCAAUGCCAGCCCUGCCCCCCCCCAGAUCCAGGUCUCCUGCCCCCACUGUUGUACCCAUGCUGCCGCUGGCCCCGCCACUGUAACUGUAGCAUCACCUGCAGCUCUGCCUAUGCUGCUGCCAUAAUGCAGUGGCGAGGAUGCAGUGGCAAGGUGGGCCCUGGCAGCAGUGGAGGUGGGGAGGCAACGGAUCUGCUGUCUGAAGCAAAUGGCUUUGCUUUGUCUCAUUGAUAGGCCUCCCCUGAGCAUUGUUCUCACAAAACGAGGAGGCAAGCUUUUUGUUGUUAAAAGGGGAAAUUUUCGUUUGAAUUCCCUUCCUCCAUUACUGAGUGUUCCUAGCCAGCAGUUACUAUUUCCAGGUAGCAGGAAGAAAACCCAAUUUGACUUAUGGGGACUUUUGUCCUCUUUCUUUCUUUCUUUCUUUCUUUCUUUCUUUGAGGAGGGAACCCGCUACUUUAUUUUCAGUCUUCCAGCCUCCUGAGAGUGAGAACUGGCAUAUCCAUUCACUCAUAACCAAUUAAACUAACUUUUCUUCAAAACAUUAUGCUAGAAUAGUCAUGUUAAAACCAACUGGGAAGUCAGAUCUGCAAGAAAACAAUGUAAUCCACAUCCUACGGAAGCCAGUGGCAAGGUGACCCAUAUCCUUAAUAAUGGGCACAAUUUCGUUAAGUCAGACUGGAUUUAAGCACGCUUAGCCCAGACACACAGGGCAUUUGACCAACUUUAACAUUUCAAGUAAUUUCACUGUAACCUUGAAAGGAAUUUUGCCAUUUGGUUUCAGAACCAACAUAAGCAUCAUCUCUGUUUAUCCAUCUGAAACUGGUAGCCUAUUUUAUGCCGUAUUGUGAAAUGUAUUUUCUGCUCUGAUCAUAAGGCUCGGGGAGGGGGGAGGGGGUUUGGAAAUAGAAGUAAGAGCAGCAGCAUCAACAGAAACCUAUUGCAGCGUUGCAUAAAUUGUGUUUCAUACCAUAUCUUUCUCUCUCUCUCCAGUGGUAUACAGAUAAAGAUCAUGGCAUUGGAGGAUUGGCCCAUAACCAUAUUUACACCCAUAUGACCCACUUCAUCAAGCAGUGUUUUGCGCUGUCAUAAGACUGGGAAGCCACUUUGCUUUGCUCACGCUGAUCACCGGUUUGUGAAGUUAUUUCUGGGGUAGGUGGGAAACAAGAGCCCUUUCCUCUUUGUCUUCCAUUGAACUUAAGACAGUAAAAUUUGAUUUCUAUGGAUACUUGAAUGAGAUAAUCAUUUUUGCAAUUCCUUUUUACCACAGUCCAUUGAAUAUGAACAAAAGAUCUGCAGGUCUCUUGUCACACAAGCAAGAGCUGACCUGACCUCCCCCCACUCCCUUCUCUGUGUCUCAAUUAGUCAGUGAGGGGAGCAAGAGUUUCCCUUGUGCAAAGUUCAGGGCACAAGGCAUGUGUGCCAGAACUGUUGGAAGUGCUGUAGUCUCAUUUUCUUUUUAAGUGACUGUUGCUCUUUUGAAUCAGAUUAAAUUGGAUUUACACAUUAUUUCAUUGCAAUAGGAGAAGGGGGAGGGGAGGCAAUACUUGAAUUUCUGCUUGAUUGUCAUACACAGUAACUUUAGCAUUAAAUGAUCAUUCCAGCAGAUAGGAUUUAGGUUUUAUACACUGAAAGUGAGAAUACUUGUCUGAACCUGAGCUGCAAACCUUUGUGUAAACAUUCUGUUGAUUUGCAGCCAACUGUCAGGAAGGGCAGAAAGCAGAUAAAAUGUGGAUCUGUUUUCAGGAUCUCUCUGGUUUUUUUAAAGUUGAUAAUAGAUGCUGGGGAAAGGGUUUUGAAAUCCUUUAACUGCUCAGUUUCCCCAGUACUCCCCCCCCCAAGUUUCUGUUAACACCUUUAAAAGCCAAGGAAGUACUGUAUUUUUCGCUCUAUAGGAUGCGCACUGGGCCAUAGGACGCACCUUGUUUUAGAGGGGGAGAACAAGAAAAAAAUUUUUUCCCCUCUUUGCUCAGCGCCCCUUCAGCGAAGCGGCAGGAGAAAAGGAGCCCCUUCCAUUUCUCCUCCCGCUUGGCUGAAGGGGUGCUGUGCAGCUCUCACGUCUUCAGCAAAAGGAACCCGAAGCCUGCAGAGCGCAGCGGGAACUCGCGCUGUGCUCCGAAGGCUUCAGGCAGCUAUCCCUGAAGCCUGGAGAGCGAGAGGGGUUGGUGCGCACCGACCCCUCUCGCUGUCCAGGCUUCAGCGAAAGCGGAAAUGUGGAGCGUGGAGGGAGCACUCCAUCUGCACUUCGGAGGCUUCGCGUUGCUAUCGCUGAAGCCAAGGAGCCUGCAUUUGCUCCAUAGGACGCGCAUACAUUUCCCCUUAAUUUUAGGAGGGGAAAAAGUGCGUCCUAUAAGAGUGAAAAAUACGGUAUAUACCCACAAGUAAAUAUAACAGGGUGUCUGUCUGUGUGUUUCACUAAUGUCAAGACUGGGGUCAGUAAUUUCAAAGCUGAAAUAUUUGAUGGAAACUCAGAACUUUUAAGGCACACAAAUAAUCUAGAAUAGCUCUAAAGCAAAUUCUAGAAUCAGCACCACCUCAUGGUGCUUCUUCCAGAACUUUUUUUAAUUUAAAAAAAACCCUCUUAGACAUCUUGCCAUACUAAGUAGUAUAUAAAUUUAUAAACUGCCAUCAUUUGGUAACAACCCUCUAAAAAUGGAAUUGUUGCCAGCUGCUCAGGCUGCCCCUCCUGCAUUCAGACCCAGGAGUGGCUCACCUGUUCCUUACACCUCUUUUCUAGUGAAUGAAGCCAGAUCCCACAAGUUGGCAGUGGCAGAACACUUUUGAGAAUCAGGAACAAGUGCUUAUUUAUAAAGAAGAGCUCCCAUCCAAUUGUUUUAAGUACCAUCAGCAUCAUUUUUUCCAGAGGACCAACUCAUUGCAACAAAAAUGUGAUCAUACCUAUAUGUGCCUUAGAUUUUGAAAACACGACUAUGCAAAUGAUUUUACCAAGAGCAGUAUUCUGGGUAGCAAUCUUCUUGAUAACAGCAGGGCUUGAGUUUUGUGAAACUUCAUACCACUAUUAGCCAAUGUGCCAUGGUUUUCCCCCAUUUUAUAUGCAAGGUAAAUUGUCGACACAAUUCCAUGAGUGUGCAGGUCUUAAAUGUAAUAAAGUCAUAUUUGUGAUACAUGGG